GAGAAUCAGGAUGUCAGUAGUGCAUGCACAAUCUGAAAAUAUUUAAUGUGUCUAUAUUCUCUUCCAGACUCCACUGGUCCAGGCUAUAUUUAGCCGAAAUGCAGAGGAAGUGAAGUUUUUGUUGCACAAGAAUGAAGAAGUCAAUGCACUGGUAAGAUGGCUCCCUACACAUGAACAUGACCCUGUGUGAAUCAAUUUCCUCCACAUCUCCUAUGGUACCCAUUUUCUAGACACGUUCUUAAUGGGCCAGCCAGUUAAAUAGCAAGGGAUUACCUCUCAAAUCCUCUACACGCUUUGACCUCCUGUGCAUGUGACCAAUAAACUGAUUUGAUUUGACCUUCCUGUCAACUGUGAAUCAGAUCUAGUUAAGGCCACACAGUCAAUCAAUAAUGCUAUGUGGAGCAGUAAUGUUAUACCCACAGUAGUUCACGCUUCACAUUCUUGGUCGCAGCUUCCAACAGUAUCUGUGCAUGUUGUUCUCUUCAAGAACCAUUUUGAGUGUAAGCUGUAUUUCAUGUGUGUGUGGUUGAAUUGCACACAAGUGCACAUGCCCCAUGUAUUUGAGGACAAGGAAAAGAUGAGCUUAUGGUUAAGGGAUUGAUGGGAGGAAAAGCUUAGCAUUGAGAGAUUGAAAGCAUCUUCUUCCAUCCAAGUGUGUGGCCAGUCAGUUCAGGUUCCUUACGCGUUUGUUCCACCCCUCUGGUAAUCUGACCAGCUGGCUGUCAGGUUAAAGAGCGCUGACACCCUUCUCUAGGUACACUUAAUACAGACACACAGGCAGCCUUAACAUUCAGUUUCACAGGAGCUGAAACAGGGCAAGGUGAGGGCGCCUAAUGUGAAUAGUGGUGUGUAGAAAGGAACUUCUAGAGUUGAGAGGACAUGGUCUCAAAUUGCUGAGUGCAUACUUUAAAUCAGCGUUGGUUCAUCUAUGACUUGGUGCCAAUGUGUAAAUUCAGUAGCUGCAAUUUGUCAAAUGUCACAACAACCUAAAUCAGUUUCUAUUGUAUAUUAAUAUAUUUUGCAUUUGCAAUGGAGUCAAUAGUUGGCAGAGGUCAAAUAUUAUAUAACUGUUGUCAAUACUCAGUUGAAGCCACUAGCCCUGGGGCUAUUCAAUCACUACUUAAAGUCAAAGAAGACAUUCUGUUCUAGCACAGCAAAAUAACACAUUUGAAUUAAUAUGCAGUUGAGCUCCCUUUGCUUCACUUUCACAUGGUUAACAUUGUUUUGAUGCCUACAUGCAUCCAAACAUGAAUUCUUGCUGUGCAAGGCAGAACAUUUUUGACUUGUACGCCCAAAACCCACAGGGACACUUAUCCUUAAACAGCCUCUCCUCCCGGAGGCCCAAAAUCCUCAAACGGCUUCCUCCUCCAGUCAGUGAUUGAAUGAUGCGUAUGGAGAAUAAGACAGCGAUUUCCUUACUAGGGCUGCGAGGGUGAGGACUGGGCCUGAGCCCUCAUUCCCCACACGCCUCCCUUCCUUCCUUUCACUGUCAUGAGUCAUUCACUGGUGGGUUUACACUGCACGCACACAUUCCAGUACGGAGGACAGGGUCCGUUAACAGGCUAUAGAUGCCUGAGCAAUUUUACUCACUGAAGUGAAUUUCAAGCCCUUCUUUCGGUUUACAGAAUAAAUAAAACAAAUCUGGUCUAGCUCACUGCCACAUUUUUAGAUACAGCAUACCUAACCCCAACUGAUCAUUUUCUGUGAAAAAAAGUUCCACUUUGCAUUCAUACUGAAUAUUCUGAGGAGACAGGCUACAGGCCAACAUGUAUGACAUACCUUUUUACUUGAAUUUUUUGCAGGAUGGCUAUUUCUUUCUGUAUUUUCAAUAUCCUGUAAUUAAAAGCUAUUUUAUGUAGUUGGUAUUAGCAUAAACCUAUUAGCAGCGGCAUUACAUUCUAUAUUCUGGGGCUUUGGGGUGUAUCGUUCAACUUGCUGUUUGUUUUUAAUACAAUGAUGUGAUCAAAACCAACCGUGGGCUUUAAUCUGGGUUCUUGCUGACUGUGUCUCUGUCUGCUGUCCCUCCUCAGGACCAAGAACGCCGAACCCCCUUACAUGCUGCUGCGUGUUUGGGCGACGUUCACAUUAUGGACCUCCUCAUUAAUUCAGGUAACGUUCUCCAGCAUGAGACAGACACUUUUCAGAGUGAUUUGCUUUAUUCACUCAAUUAUCCCUAUCAUAUUAUAGAAUAAAGGUUAAUCUUAUUAUCUGUUAGAAUAUCAACCAGCAUUGAAACCCUUCCCUAUAGUCAGAGGUUGAGAAGCCCUAUCCUAAAGGAAGAUGCUGCUAAUGAAACCAGAGGUGUGUAAAUGUCACUGAUCACCUGAGAUCUGAGGGCCAUUGUGAUUAGCUGAAUGUGCUUUUUUUUUUACACUCUGCAUAUAUGGUUGUUGUUAUUUAAUCAGUGGAGCUGAGAGUUACAGAAUGGUUGACUGAGUUUUCUCACUCACUCACUCACUCACUCACUCACUCUCUCAGGUGCUAGUAUUAACGCUAAGGACCAAGGCUGGCUGACUCCCCUGCAUCGGGCAGCUGCCUCACGGAACGAAGUAAGACCAUGAUGUCAAAUACAAUAUGUAAAACCUUCUACAGUCAUUUCACUGGAAUUCUUCAUCAGUCUUUAUAGCACUGCUCAUUUCUCAGCUUUUGAAAUGAAUCUUCCAUACUUAUUACCCUUCACCUCCUUCCUUGAAUGAGUAGCUACAGUGAGGGAAAAAAGUAUUUGAUCCCCUGCUGAUUUUGUACGUUUGCCCACUGACAAAGAAAUGAUCAGUCUAUAAUUUUAAUGGUAGGUUUAUUUGAACAGUGAGAGACAGAAUAACAACAAAAAAAUCCAGAAAAACACAUGUCAAAAUGUUAUGAAUUGAUUUGCAUUUUAAUGAGGGAAAUAAGUAUUUGACCACUCUGCAAAACAUGACUUAGUACUUGGUGGCAAAACCCUUGUUGCCAAUCACAGAGGUCAGACGUUUCUUGUAGUUGGCCACCAGGUUUGCACACAUCUCAGGAGGGAUUUUGUCCCACUCCUCUUUGCAGAUUUUCUCCAAGUCAUUAAGGUUUCGAGGCUGAUGUUUGGCAACUCGAACCUUCAGCUCCCUCCACAGAUUUUCUAUGGGAUUAAGGUCUGGAGACUGGCUAGGCCACUCCAGGACCUUAAUGUGCUUCUUCUUGAGCCACUCCUUUGUUGCCUUGGCCGUGUGUUUUGGGUCAUUGUCAUGCUGGAAUACCCAUCCACGACCCAUUUUCAAUGCCCUGGCUGAGGGAAGGAGGUUCUCACCCAAGAUUUGACGGUACAUGGCCCCGUCCAUCGUCCCUUUGAUGCGGUGAAGUUGUCCUGUCCCCUUAGCAGAAAAACACCCCCAAAGCAUAAUGUUUCCACCACCAUGUUUGACGGUGGGGAUGGUGUUCUUGGGGUCAUAGGCAGUAUUCCUCCUCCUCCAAACACGGCAAGUUGAGUUGAUGGCAAAGAGCUCGAUUUUGGUCUCAUCUGACCACAACACUUUCACCCAGUUCUCCUCUGAAUCAUUCAGAUGUUCAUUGCAAACUUCAGACGGGCCUGUAUAUGUGCUUUCUUGAGCAGGGGGACCUUGCCGGCGCUGCAGGAUUUCAGUCCUUCACAGCGUAGUGUGUUACCAAUUGUUUUCUUGGUGACUGUGGUCCCAGCUGCCUUGAGAUCAUUGACAAGAUCCUCCCGUGUAGUUCUGGGCUGAUUCCUCACCGUUCUCAUGAUCAUUGCAACUCCACAAGGUGAGAUCUUGCAUGAAGCCCCAGGCCAAGGGAGAUUGACAGUUAUUUUGUGUUUCUUCCAUUUGCGAAUAAUCGCACCAACUGUUGUGACCUUCUCACCAAGCUGCUUGGCGAUGGUCUUGUAGCCCAUUCCAGCCUUGUGUAGGUCUACAAUCUUGUCCCUGACAUCCUUGGAGAGCUCUUUGGUCUUGGCCAUGGUGGAGAGUUUGGAAUCUGAUUGAUUGCUUCUGUGGACAGUUGUCUUUUAUACAGGUAACAAGCUGAGAUUAGGAGCACUCCCUUUAAGAGUGUGCUCCUAAUCUCAGCUCGUUACCUGUAUAAAAGACACCUGGGAGCCAGAAAUCUUUCUGAUUGAGAGGGGGUCAAAUUCUUAUUUCCCUCAUUAAAAUGCAGAUCAAUUUAUAACAUUUUUUACAUGUGUUUUUCUGGAUUCUUUUGUUGUUAUUCUGUCUCUCACUGUUCAAAUAAACCUACCAUUAAAAUUAUAGACUGAUCAUUUCUUUGUCAGUGGGCAAACGUACAAAAUCAGCAGGGGAUCAAAUACUUUUUUCCCUCACUGUAUAUGAAUUUCAGUGAUAGUCACACUCCUCAUCCUUGUUAUUUAUUCUCCUUCCGUCUUUCCCAGAAGGCUGUGGGGCUGCUUCUGAAGCAGGAUGCGGAGGUCAAUGCACGAGAUAAGUUUUGGCAGACACCGUUGCACGUGGCGGCGGCUAACCGGGCCACACGCUGCGCUGAGGCCCUCAUCCCCAAGCUGAGCAGCCUGAACGUAGCGGACCGCUCCGGCAGGACGGCCCUGCACCACGCAGCACACAGCGGCCACGUGGAGGUCAGGGGUCACAGCGGAGUCAUAGGGUGGAGGGUUAUGAGUAACACUGUAAUGGCACCCAAUCCCCUAUAUAGUGCACUACUUUUGACCAGGGCCCGCAUAGGGUCCACUAUAUAGGGAAUAGGAGCCAUUUCAGACGCAGCCUCGGUGCUAAACUGUUCAUCAUCUACUCAGAAAGGUGUCUGAGUGUUUUGGUUUUAACUCACUAUCUCCUGUCUGUUUCCAGAUGGUGAAUUUGCUCCUCAACAAAGGGGCCAACCUGAGUGCCAGUGAUAAGAAGGAGAGGCAGCCAAUCCACUGGGCCGCAUACCUCGGUGGGUGGAACCUUAACGGACACAUUUCCUGAAAUUAGCUAGGUUUCCAUCCAAUUUGCGACCAGAUUUUAAUGUGAAUAUUCUGAAAUCUGCAUAGAACAAUAUGGGCAUUUUCCCACCAGAGAUGUUUCCAUCGAACAUACUUUUUGCAAAUAAAAGGCUGUGUGUGAUGACAGUGCAUAUAAAACAAUUUACAGAAUGAAAAAUACAAGUUAAGUGGGUUUCCAUCGCAUUUUCAACUUUACUGAUGGUUUUGUCACGUUUCCACUCUGGUCUUGACACAUGCACUCUAGCCAACAGCUCGCAUAUUAUUAUGGAUGAGAGCGAUAUUAUUUGUAUUUGUCAAAUUGCAGCCAAGCAUCGAUCAUCAUGUCACCAGAAUAAGACCCUCAAUAUUUAUUGGAAAGGAGCAUCAAGCUCAUCACCUUGCACUUUCACCUUCACCACCCUGUGAAGUUCAUCAUAACUUAUUUCAUCUGUAGCCUAAUAAACUGUAUGCUUUCCCGAGUCGUAGUGGGAGGACCACACAACAUACAUCGCGUGACUCCAAGUUUACUUCAAUAAUUGUUAUUAUAUUAAUAUUUCUGCAUAAUGGCAUUUCCACCGCCAUUCCUCAAAUAAUUAAUUUUACAGACACAAAAAGAUUGAGCAAACAAAUUGUCUGUCGGCAUUUAUAAAAUUGUACCGGAAUUUCAUGUUUCUAUCUGCCCGGUCUUAACAUUUUUCAUCCGUCAGGUAAUUCAUCCGUCAGGUAAUUCAUCCGUCAGGUAAUUCAUCCGCAUUAAAUGGUUGGAUGAAAACGUGGUUACUAACACUCCUCUCGUUAGCCUGAGCAAAGGCACUGUGCACUGAGCAGACUCACUGAUCUACAAAUCAACUUGCAUUCUAGACAACUUCCCAUCAAUGCAUCCAAAUCCAAGAUGGCAGCAUGUCAAGUCGUUUGUCAAGUCGUUUGUUUGUGACUAGUACAUUUUAACCUACUAAUAAUCUAUUUAUUUAUGGUUGCGUAACUUCGUUGUUGCGUAGUGCAAACUAUUUUAUUUUUGCUGGUGUAAAGAUCACGGGUCCUCCUCAACUCGGAACUUCAUUACUUGAAGUUUACCAAAGUAACCCUAUCUCUGGCUGGCCUGAGUUCCUCGUUAGUCCGCGGAGUGUCUUGUCCGAGCUGCUCCUUGCUCUUCGCCUGGCUGUCAGUGGCAGCUCAACCCGUUACCCAAUCUACUCACACGCGCAAACACUCACAUUGACUCACAUACACGCUGUCCCUCUCUCCACUUACCUUCGUUGGCCUCUUGUUUUUUGGUCAGAGAAAAUGACAAUUUACGUGGUAUUGCUUUGUGCACUGACUUUAUUGAACUCUGGAGAAAACGAACAUUGUCGCAGGGUGAGUACAUCUGACAAUGUACUCUCGCGUCCAUUAGACAUUUUGUCUGCAGGAACUCGCUCUUUUUCACUCGGUCCACUCGUCCAAGUGCCGAUGCAUUUGUGGCAUGAUGUGAACAGUACGAAUUUGUGUCACUACCAAAGUCUAAUGGUUUUAAAUGACUGUUUUGUAUUGUCUGGAAACUCACUUGUAGAAUUCGCUUGCAGUAGGUCUCUUAAAAAAGAGAAGCCGUGCAAGGUUAUUAAACAGAGGUGCCUAGUUAUUCUUCUGUUGUUGAUAUCAGGUAACGUGCAACCUAACCCUGGCCCUGAUAUGCAAUGUCUCCAAACCCCCUCUGAUUUUAAAUCAAGAUCUGGUUUUGGUAUUUUUCAUUUAAAUGUACGCAGCCUGUUGUCAAAAAUUGAUGGGGUUAGGAUUUGGGCUAAAUCAACUGAUGCUGAUGUAAUUGUGUUUUCGGAAACCUGGCUCAGCAAGUCUAUUUUUGAUAAGGAUAUUUGUAUAAGUGGUUACAAUGUUUAUCGUGCAGAUCGGGUUAAGAAAGGUGGGGGUGUGGCUAUAUAUGUAAAAUCUAAAUUCCAUGUAAGUGUGGCAAAGUCUGAAACUAUUUGUAAACAGUUGGAAUUUCUUGCUUUGAAUAUUGAAGUUUCAAAGGGCCUCUCUAUAACUGUGAUUGGCUGUUAUAGACCCCCCUCUGCUCUUGGUGAUGCAUUUUCUUCUUUGACGCACCUUAUGUCUAAACUUCUUUACAGUGAAAUGAUCUUGAUUGGUGAUCUCAACUGGUGUUGGUUAAAGCCGGUGUCUGAUGAUUUAAAAAUGUUUUGUAAUUCUAUGAAUCUUACCCAGUUGAUUAAUUCACCCACUCGCCCAAAUCUUAAAUGCCCUGAUAAAUCUACCCUGAUUGAUUUGAUAUUGACAAAUGUUCCACAUAAAUAUUCUGCGGUUGGUGUUUUUUGUAAUGAUUUAAGUGACCAUUGUGCUGUUGUUGCUGUUAGAAAUACUAAGGUUCCAAAGACAAAUCCACGUUUUAUUCGUAAGAGAAAUUUGAAGUGUUUUAAUGAGCAGGCUUUCUUUCAUGAUUUGUUUUAUUUUGACUGGAGCAAGAUUGAGCUUAUCCCUGAUGUGGAAACUGCCUGGAUAUUCUUUCAUGAUGGUUUUUUCCAAAUAGUAAACAAACAUGCACCAUUCCGCAGGUUCAGGGUUAAAGGGCGGGAUAAUCCAUGGUUUUCUUCUGAGCUGUCUUGUAUUAUUCACGACCGUAAUCUAGCCUGGGCUAAAGCAAGGAAAUCUUGUUCUGAUGCUGAUUGGCUUAUUUUUAGGCAGUUAAGAAACAAGUGUUCUUUUCUUCUCAGGAAGGCCAAGUCUGAAUAUUUUAUGUCUGUUACCACUGAUAACCUGAAUGACCCUAGAAAGUUUUGGAAUGCUAUUAAGUAUAUGUCUGGUAACAGUAAUGUUAAUGAAUUACCGUCAUGUGUUUUGAAGGACUCUGUUGCUAUAUAUGACAAAACUGAAAUGCUGAAUUGUUUCAAUGAGCACUUUGUAUCAUCUGGUAGGCUGUUUGAUUCAGUGUCCUCUGUCUCUGUACAACCCUGUGUGGAUGAACCAGUGUCCUCUGUCUCUGUACAACCCUGUGUGGAUGAACCAGUGAGAGCUGGUCAAACUUUUAGUUUUCUGCCAUUCUCAGUGCAGGUGGUACAUAAAGCCCUGAAAUCCUUAGAUCAAAGAAAGCCUGCAGGUCCUGAUCUUUUGGAUCCCUGCUUUUUAAAUCUGGCAGCUGAUUUCAUAGCUGAACCACUUACAUAUCUGUUCAAUCUAACCCUGGAAUGUAAUGAAAUUCCAAAGAUCUGGAAAUCAGCAUUUGUCCUACCACUUUUAAAAGGGGGAGAUCCAACUCUUUUAAAUAAUUAUAGGCCAAUCUCAAAGCUGUCACCCCUGGUGAAAAUACUUGAAACCCUUGUAAGUGAACAGCUAAAAGAGUUUUUAUUUACUAACUCUAUUUUUUCAAUGUAUCAAUCGGGCUUCAGGAAGAAGCAUAGCACAAUUACAGCAGCCAUGAAGGUUUUAAAUGAUAUCACUGAAGCCUUUGACAAAAAACAGCACUGUGUCUCACUUUUUAUUGAUCUCUCUAAGGCUUUUGAUACAGUUGAUCAUGCUAUACUAAGGCAGAGAUUGUUGAGUGUAGGUCUGUCGGAGCAUGCAGUUGCAUGGUUUGCUAACUAUCUGUCUGAUAGAACUCAGUGCACUCAAUUUGAUGGGCUUAUGUCUGUUAAAUUGUCUGUCCUGAAUGGUGUGCCCCAGGGCUCUGUACUUGGUCCUCUCUUAUUCACUAUUUAUAUUAAUGAUUUAGACAAAAAUGUCCAAAAUGCACAACUUCAUUUUUAUGCUGAUGAUACUGUUAUUUACUGUUGUGCCUCAUCUCUUACAAAAGCUUUCCAGAACUUGCAAACUGCUUUUUAUACUGUUCAACAUACCUUGUGUCAAUUGAAGCUUAUCCUCAAUACUGACAAAACUAAACUAAUGGUGUUUUCUAAUGCAAGAAAUAGACCUCUGAACCUUUCACCUGUUACUACCUGUCAGGGCAAGGAGAUUGAGGUUGUAACCUCAUAUAAAUAUCUUGGAAUUCUAAUUGAUGACGGCCUCUCUUUUAAAUUGCAUAUUCAACAACUUACAAAAAAAUUGAAGCUGAAAUUGGGAUUUUAUUUUAGGAAUAAGGCCUGUUUUUCUUUUGAAGCCAGAAGGAGGCUAGUAUCAGCUACAUUUAUGCCUUUACUAGACUAUGGGGAUAUUUUAUAUAUGAAUGCUUCCGCUCAGUGUUUGAGAUCAAUUGACACUCUUUAUCAUGGUACUUUGAGAUUUAUUUUAAACUGCAAAACCCUUACGCACCACUGUACUUUGUAUACCAGGGUUGGCUGGCCUUCUCUAGUCACUCGUAGGCUCAGUCACUGGUAUACUUUUAUUUACAAAGCCAUUUUGGGUUUUCUACCUUUUUAUUUGGGCAUUUUUAUUGUUCAGAAAUGUGGUGGGUACUCUCUUCGUUCACUGGACUUUAUCCUGCUAACUGUUCCAAAUGUCCGAACUGAAUUUGGUAAAAGGUCUUUUAUGUACUCUGCGCCAUCGUCUUGGAACACCUUACAAAAUAAUUUUAAACUGGAAGAACUUGUCCCGAUUGGUGUUUUUAAAUCUCUGAUGAAGGAUUUUGAGGCUGAUUCCCUGACCUGUCAAUGUUUUUAAUUUGCUGUUUUUGAUAUUGUUAUACUCUUGUGAAUUCAUGAAUGGUUUUUACUAGAUUACUUGUAGUUUUUCAUGUUGUCUGUCUGUAAUUUUUUGUCGAAUCGCAUAUUCUUACGCACAAGCAGAAGAUUGCCUUGGCUUUAGUUGACCUGUCUGUAUAUGUUCCAUGAUUGUAUGGUUGUCUCCUCUUCCCUCAGGGCAUCUGGAGAUUGUGAAGCUACUGGUGUCGCGGAGUGCGGACGCCAUGUGCAGGGACAAGCGUGGUUAUACCCCGCUCCACGCCGCCGCUGCCAGUGGCCAGAUCGAGGUGGUCAAGUACCUGCUGCGGCUGGGGUCAGAGGUGAGGGGUCAGGGGAUGGGGUUCCAUAAUAUCACCAUCAUAAGGUCACUCCAUGUGUUGGGUGGCUUCCUAUUGUUGAAAUUCUUUGCUUGUUUUUUUUAAUCUCCAGGCCAUAUAACAUCCCCAAACCCCACCACCAACUCUAGUUGUCUAAUUUCUACCUUUAUCUCCACGUCAGAUUGACGAGCCCAACGCUUUUGGGAACACAGCUCUCCACAUGGCAUGCUACACGGGCCAGGAGGCGGUUGCCAACGAGCUGGUGAACCGAGGCGCCAACGUCAACCAGCCAAACCACCGCUGCUGCACGCCGCUGCACCUGGCCGCUGUCUCCACCAACGGGGCGCUUUGCCUCGAGCUGCUAGUCAACAACGGUGCUGACGUCAACAUGCAGGUCAGUUAGAGUAGGCUGGGGAAAAAGGGAUUGGUUGCACCCCAAAUGGAACCCUAUUCCUUAUAUAGUGCACAAAUUGAGCAGAACCCUAUGGGCCAUGGUCACAAGUGUUUUAUUUAUAUAUAUAUAUAUAUAUACGCAUGCAUACAAACAUACAUACAUAAACACACAGUGCAUUCGGAAAGUAUUCAGACCCCUUGAUUUUUCCGCAUUUUGUUACGUUAGCCUUAUUCUAAAAUUGAUUAAAUAAAUACAAAUCCUCAUCAAUCUACACACACUACCUCAUAAUGACAAAGCAAAAACAAGUUUUUAGACAUUUUUGCAAAUGUAUUAAAAUAGAACAACUGAAAUACCUUAUUUACAUAAGUAUUCAGGCCCUUUGCUGUGAGACUCGAAAUUAGCUAAGGUGCAUCCUGUUUCCAUUGAUCAUAUGAGAUGUUUCUACCACUUGAUUGGAGUCCACCUGUGGUAAAUGGAAGAAGUUUGGAACCACCAAGACUCCAAGAGCUGGCCACCUGGCCAAACUGAGCAAUCGGGGGAGAAGGGCCUUGGUCAGGGAGGUGACCAAGAACCUGAUGGUCACUCUGACUGAGCUCCAGAGUUCCUCUGUGGAGAUGGGAGAACCUUCCAGAAGGACAACCAUCUCUGCAACAAUCCACCAAUCAGGUCUUUAUCGUGGAGUGGCCAGAUGGAAGCCACUCCUCAGUAAAAGGCACAUGACAGCCCGCUUGGAGUUUGCCAAAAGACACCUAAAGGACUCUGACCAUGAGAAACAAGAUUCUCUGGUCUGAUGAAACCAAGAAACUCUUUGGCCUGAAUGCCAAGCAUCACGUCUGGAGGAAACCGGGUACCAUCCCUAUGGUGAAGUAUAAUGGUGGCAGCAUCAUGCUGUGGGGAUGUUUGUAAGUCGCUCUGGAUAAGAGCGUCUGCUAAAUUACGUAAAUGUAAAAUGUUUUUCAGCGGCAGGGACUGGGAGACUAGUCAGGAUUGAGGGAAAGAUGAACAGAGCAAAGUAUAGUGAGAUCCUUGAUGAAAACCUGCUCCAGAGCGCCAGGACCUCAGACUGGGGCGAAGGUUCACCUUCCAACAGGACAACGACCCUAAGCUCACAGCCAAGACAACGCAGGAGUGGCUUCGGGACAAGUCUCUGAAUGUCCUUGAGUGGCCCAGCCAGAGCCCGGACUUGAACUCGAUCAAACAUCUCUGGAGAUACCUGAAAAUAGCUGUGCAGCAACACUCCCCAUCCAACCUGAUAGAGCUUGAGAGGAUCUACAGAGAAGAAUGGGAGAAACUCUCCAAAUACAGGUGUGCCACGCUUGUCGCGUCAUACCCAAGAAGACUCGAGGCUGUGAUUGCCGCCAAAGGUGCUUCAACAAAGUACUGAGUAAAGGGUCUGAAUACUUAUGUAAAUGUGAUAUUUCCGUACUUUUUUAAAAUAUAAAUUUGCUAAAAUAAAUAACUGUUUUUGCUUUGUCAUUAUGGGGUAUUUUGUGUAGAUUGAUGAGGGAAAAACAAACAAUUUAAUCCAUUUUAGAAUAAGGCUGUAACGUAACAGAAUCUGGAAAAAGUGAAGGGGUCUGAACACUUUCCGAAUGCACUGUAUAUCACACACACACACUACAUGACGAAAAGUAUGUGGACACCUGCUUGUCGAACAUCUCAUUCCAAAAUCAUGGGCAUUAAUAUGGAGUUGGUCCCCCCUUUGCUGCUAUAACAGCCUCCACUCUUCUGGGAAAGCUUUCCACUAGAUGUUGGAACAUUGCUUGCGGGGACUUGCUUCCAUUCAGCCACAAGAGCAUUAGUGAGGUCGGGCAAUGAUGUUGGGCUAUUAGGCCUGGCUCGCAAUCAGCGUUCCAAUUCAUCCCAAAGGUGUUCGAUUGGGUUGAGGUCAGGGCUCUGUGCAGGCCAGUCAAGUUCUUCCACCCCAAUCUCGACAAACCAUUUCUGUAUAGACCUUGCUUUGUGCACAUGGGCAUUGUCAUGCUGAAACAGGAAAGGUCCUUCUCCAAACUGUUGCCACAAAGUUGGAAGCACAGAAUCGUCUAGAAUGUCAUUGUAUGCUGUAGCGUUAAGAUUUCCCUUCACUGCCACUAAGGGGCCUAGCCCGAACCAGAUCAUCAUUCCUCCUCCACCAAACUUUACAGUUGUCACUGCAUUGUGUUCUCCUGGCAUCCGCCAAACCCAGAUUCGUCCGUCAGACUGCCAGAUGGUGAAGCGUGAUUCAUCACUCCAGAGAACGCGUUUCCAUUGGACCAGAGUCCAAUGGCAGCGAGCUUUACACCACUCCAGCCGACUCUUCGCAUUGCGCAUGGUGAUCUUAGGCUUUUGUGCGGCUGCUUGGCGGUGGAAACCCAUUUCAUGAAGCUUCCGACAAACAGUUCUUGCUUUCAGAGGCAGUUUGGAACAGACCAUUUUUACGCGCUACGCACUUCAACACUUGACAAUUCCGUUCUGUGAGCUUGUGUGGCCUGCCACUUUGCGGCUGAGCCGUUGUUGCUCCUAGACAUUUCCACUUUACAAUAACAGCACUUACUGUUGACCGGGGCAGCUCUAGCAGGGCAGAAAAUUGCCGAACUGACUUGUUGGAAAGGUGGCAUCCUAUGACGGUGCCACGUUGAAAGUCACUGAGCUCUUCAGUAUGGCCAUUCUACUGCCAAUGUUUGUCUAUGGAGAUUGCAUGGAUGUGUGUUCAAUUUUAUACACCUGUCAGCAACGGGUGUGGCUGAAAUAGCCGAAAGCACUAAUUUGAAGGAGUGUCCACAUACUUUUGUGUUUAUAUAUAUAUAUACACACACACACACACACACACACACACACACACACACACACACACACACACACACACACACACACACAGUGGGGAAAAAAAGUAUUUAGUCAGCCACCAAUUGUGCAAGUUCUCCCACUUAAAAAGAUGAGAGAGGCCUGUAAUUUUCAUCAUAGCUACACGUCAACUAUGACAGACAAAUUGAGAUUUUUUUUUCCAGAAAAUCACAUUGUAGGAUUUUUUAUGAAUUUAUUUGCAAAUUAUGGUGGAAAAUAAGUAUUUGGUCACCUACAAACAAGCAAGAUUUCUGGCUCUCACAGACCUGUAACUUCUUCUUUAAGAGGCUCCUCUGUCCUCCACUCGUUACCUGUAUUAAUGGCACCUGUUUGAACUUGUUAUCAGUAUAAAAGACACCUGUCCACAACCUCAAACAGUCACACUCCAAACUCCACUAUGGCCAAGACCAAAGAGCUGUCAAAGGACACCAGAAACAAAAUUGUAGACCUGCACCAGGCUGGGAAGACUGUGGGAGCAAUUAUUAGGAAAUGGAAGACAUACUAGACCACUGAUAAUCUCCCUCGAUCUGGGGCUCCACGCAAGAUCUCACCCCGUGGGGUCAAAAUGAUCACAAGAACGGUGAGCAAAAAUCCCAGAACCACAGUGAAUGACCUGCAGAGAGGACCUGCAGAGAAGGAUUACUUUAUCCUAUCCCAGGUAUUCCUUAAAGAGGUGGGGUUUCAAAUGUCUCCGGAAGGUGGUGAGUGACUCCGCUGUCCUGGCGUCGUGAGGGAGCUUGUUCCACCAUUGGGGUGCCAGAGCAGCGAACAGUUUUGACUGGGCUGAGCGGGAACUAUGCUUCCGCAGAGGAAGGGGAGCCAGCAGGCCAGAGGUGGAUGAACGCAAUGCCCUCGUUUGGGUGUAGGGACUGAUCAGAGCCUGAAGGUACAGAGGUGCCGAUCCCCUCACAGCUCCAUAGGCAAGCACCAUGGUCUUGUAACAGAUGCGAGCUUCAACUGGAAGCCAGUGGAGUGUGCGGAGGAGCGGGGUGACGUGAGAGAACUUGGGAAGGUUGAACACCAGACGGGCUGCGGCAUUCUGGAUGAGUUGUAGGGGUUUAAUGGCACAGGCAGGGAGCCCAGCCAACAGCGAGUUGUGAAGCAUGGGGGUGGAAACAUCAUGCUUUGGGGCUGUUUUUCUGCAAAGGGACCAGGACGACUGAUCCGUGUAAAGGAAAGAAUGAAUGGGGCCACGUAUCGUGAGAUUUUGAGUGAAAACCUCCUUCCAUCAGCAAGGGCAUUGAAGAUGAAACGUGGCUGGGUCUUUCAGCAUGACAAUGAUCCCAAACACACCGCCCGGGCAACGAAGGAGUGGCUUCGUAAGAAGCAUUUCAAUGUCCUGGAGUGGCCUAGCCAGUCUCCAGAUCUCAACCCCAUAGAAAAUCUUUGGAGGGAGUUGAAAGUCUGUGUUGCCCAGCGAUAGCCCCAAAACAUCACUGCUCUAGAGGAGAUCUGCAUGGAGGAAUGGGCCAAAAUACCAGCAACAGUGUGUGAAAACCUUGUGAAGACUUACAGAAAACGUUUGACCUGUGUCAUUGCCAACAAAGGGUAUAUAACAAAGUAUUGAGAAACUUUUGUUAUUGACCAAAUACUUAUUUUCCACCAUAAUUUGCAAAUAAAUUCAUUAAAAAUCCUACAAUGUGAUUUUCUGGAAAAAAAAUUCUCAUUUUGUCUGUCAUAGGUAACGUGUACCUAUGAUGAAAAUUACAGGCCUCUCUCAUCUUUUUAAGUGGGAGAACUUGCACAAUUGGUGGCUGACUAAAUACUUUUUUCCCCCACUGUAUAUAUAUACACACAGACAGACAGCUCUGGAAAAAAUUGAGACCACUGCAAAUAUUUCUUAAAUCAGCAUCUACAUGUAUGACUUCCAUUCCAGUGUCUGUUGAAUUCCAACACAGGCACACCUCAUUCUACUGAGUUAGGUACUGAUUAGGUGAUCACCUGAACCAAAUCUUAUUUAACGAGGAAAAGUAUAAAACCCACUGUGGUCAUCACUAUCCUCUUGCAAUAGGACCAGCUGGAUGGCAAAAACAGUGCUAAUAGUACCUCAACAUUUUAUAUUAAUCCAAAAAUAACUAUGGACCAUGCCAAAAGAGUUGAAAAGGAAAGUUUUGAGUGAGGGGAAAAAAAGGGUUAAAUUCUGGCUUCACUGGCAGAGGGAUACAGUGAGCGUCAGGUUGCUUCCGUCCUUAAAAUUUCAAAGACGGCGGUUCAUAAGAACAAGGUCAAGCAGCAGACAUUGGGGACAACAAAGCUACAGACCGGUACAGGGCAAAAACGACUCUCUACUGACCGCGAUGACCGCCAACUCAUUUGAAUGUCACUCAACAACCGUCGGAUGACAUCAAGUGACCUACAAAAAGAAUGGCAAACGGCAGCUGGGGUGAAGUGCACGGCGAGGACUGUUCGAAACAGGCUCCUAGGCGCAGGGCUGAAGUUGUGCAAAGCUAGAAAAAAGCCCUUCAUCAAGGAGAAGCAAAGAAGAACCAGGCUGAGGUUUGCAAAAGACCAUAAGGAUUGGACCGUAGAGGACUGGAGUAAGGUCAUUUUCUCUGAUGAGUCCAAUUUUCAGCUUUGCCCAACACCUGGUUGUCUAAUGGUUAGACGGAGACCUGGAGAGGCCUACAAGCCACAGUGUCUCGCACCCACUGUGAAAUUUGGUGGAGGAUCGGUGAUGAUCUGGGGGUGCUUCAACAAGGCUGGAAUCGGGCAGAUUUGUCUUUGUGAAGGAUGCUUGAAUCAAGCCACGUACAAGGUUGUCCUGGAAGAAAACUUGCUUCCUUUUGCUCUGACAUUGUUCCCCAACUCUGAGGAUAGUUUUUUUUCCAGCAGGACAAUGCGCCAUGCCACACAGCCAGGUCAAUCAAGGUGUGGAUGGAGGACCACCAGAUCAAGACCCUGUCAUGGCCAGCCCAAUCUCCAGACCUGAACCCCAUUGAAAACUUCUGGAAUGUGAUCAAGGGGAAGAUGGAUGGUCACAAGCCAUCAAACAAAGCCGAAUUUCUGCGCCAGGAGUGGCAUAAAUUCACCCAACAUCAAUGUAAAAGACUGGUGGAGAGCAUGCCAAGACGCAUGAAAGCUGUGAUUGAAAAUCAGGGUUAUUCCACCAAAUAUUGAUUUCUGAACUCUUCCUAAGUUAAAACAUUAGUAAUGUGUUGUUUAAAAAUGAACAUGAACUUAUUUUCUUUACAUUAUUCGAGGUCUGACAACACUGCAUCUUUUUUUUUUUUUUUUGGACCAGUUGUCAUUUUUCUGCAAAUAAAUGCUCUAAAUGACAAUAUUUUUAUUUGGAAUUUGGGAGAAAUGUUGUCAGUAGUUUAUAGAAUAAAAACUAAAUGUUAAUUUUACCCAAACACAUACCUAGAAAUAUACUACCGUUCUAAAGUUUGGGGUCACUUAGAAAUGUUGUUGUUUUCGAAAGAAAAGCACAUUUUUUGUCCAUUAAAAUAACAUCAAAUUGAUCAGCUGGUAGAGCACGGCGCUUGUAACACCAAGGUAGUAGGUUCGAUCCCCGGGACCACCCAUACACAAAAAUGUAUGCACGCAUGACUGUAAGUCGCUUUGGAUAAAAGCGUCUGCUAAAUGGCAUAUUAUUAUUAUUAUUAUUAUUAUUAUUAUUAUUAUUAUUAUUAUCAGAAAUACAUUGUAGACAUUGUUCAUGUUGUAAAUGGCUAUUGUAGCUGGAAACGGCUGAUUUUUUAAUGGAAUAUCUACAUAGGCGUACAGAGGCCCAUUAUCAGAAACCAUCAGUCCUGUGUUCCAAUGGCACGUUGUUUGCUAAUCCAAGUUUAUCAUUUUAAAAGGCUAAUUAAUCAUUAGAAAACCCUUUUGCAAUUAUGUUAGCACAGCUGAAAACUGUAGUGCUGAUUUAAAGAAGCAAUAAAACUGGCCUUCUUGAGACGCUGUGUACUACUCCCUUCACAGAAUAGCGCAAACUGGCUCUAACCAGAAUAGAAAGAGGAGUGGGAGGCCCCGGUGCACAACUGAGCAAGAGGACAAAUAUAUUAGUGUCUAGUUUGAGAAACCGACGCCUCACAGGUCCUCAACUGGCAGCUUCAUUAAAUAGUACCCGCAAAACACCAGUCUCAACGUCAACAGUGAAGAGGCGACUCCGGGAUGCUGACCUUCUAGGCAGAGUUGCAAAGAAAAAGUCCAGUGUCUGUGUUUUGCCCAUCUUAAUCUUUUAUUUUUAUUGGCCAGUCUGAGAUAUGGCUUUUUCUUUGCAACUAUUUUCAGGUCUCUCCAGAGAUGUUCGAUCGGGUUCAAGUCUGGGCUCUGGCUGGGCCGGGACAUUCAAGGACAUUCAGAGACUUGUCCCGAAGCCACUCCAGCGUUGUCUUGGCUGUGUGCUUAGGGUCGUUGUCCUGUUGGAAGGUGAACCUUCAACCCAGUCUGAGGUCCUGAGCGCUCUGGAGCAGGUUUUCAUCAAGGAUCUCUCUGUACUUUGCUCCGUUCAUCUUUCCCUCGAUCCUGACUAGUCUCCCAGUCCCUGCCGCUGAAAAACAUCCCAACAGCAUGAUGCUGCCACCACCAUGCUUCACCGUAGCGAUGUUGCCAGGUUUCCUCCAGACGUGACGCUUGGCAUUCAGGCCAAAGAGUUCAAUCUUGGUUUCAUCAGACCAGAGAAUCUUGUUUCUCAUGGUCUGAGAGUCCUUUAGGUGGGAGUCCUUUACGGUGCCUUUUGGAAAACUCCUAGUGGGCUGUCAUGUGUUUUUACUGAGGAGUGGCUUCCAUCUGGCCACUCCCACCAUAAAGGCCUGAUUGGUGGAGUGCUGCAGAGAUGGUUGUCUUUCUGGAAUGUUCUCCUAUCUCCACAAUGGAACUCUGUAGCUCUGUCAGUGACCAUCGGGUUCUUGGUCACCUCCCUGACCAAGGCCCUUCUCCCCCGAUUGCUUAGUUUGGCCGGGCGGCCAACUAGGAAGUGUCUUGGUGGUUCCAAACUUCUUCCAUUUAAGAAUGAUGGAGGCCUCUGUGUUCUUCGGGAUCUUCAAUGCUGCAGAAUCUUUUUGGUACCCUUCCCCAUAUCUGUGCCUCGACGCUCCUCAUGGCUUGGUCUUUGCUCUGACAUGCAUUGUCAGCUGUGGGACCUUUAUGUAGACCGGUGUGUGCCUUUCCAGAUUAUGUCCAAUCAAUUUAAUUGAUCACAGGUGGACUCCAAUCAAGUUGUAGAAACAUCUCAAGGAUGAUCAAUGGAAACAGGAUGUACCUGAGCUAAAUUUAGAGUCUCAAAGCAAAGGGUCUGAAUACUGAUGUAAAUAAGGUAUUGCUGUCUUUUAAAAAAAUACAUUUUCAAUGAUUUCUAAAAACCUGUUUUCGCUUUGUCAUUAUGGGGUAUUGUGUGUAGAUUAAGGAUUUUAAUUUUUAUCCAUUUUCGAAUAAGGGUGUAACGUAACAAAAUGUGGAGAAGGGGUCUGAAUACUUUCCGAAUGUACUGUUUGUGUGUAUAUUUACAAGCACAAUGAGUGUACAAAACAUUAGGAACACCUUCUCUUUCCAUGACAUAGCUUUCAAAUGGUCAGUCUAUGAUCCCUUAUUGAUGUCACUUGUUAAAUCCUCUUCAAUCAGUGUAGAUGAAGGGGAGGAGACAAGUUAAAGAAGGAUUUCUAAUCCUUCCGACAUGGUUUGUUUAUGUGUGCCAUUCAGAGGGUGAAUGGGCAAGACAAAAGAUUGAAGUGCCUUUGAACGGGGUAUGGUAGUAGGUGCCAGCCAGGCACACCGGUUUGUGUGUUUCAAGAACUGCAACGCAGUUGGGUUAAUCACGCUCAACAGUUUCCCGUGUGUAUCAAGAAUGGUCCACCACCCAAAGGACAUCCAGCGAAUUUGACACAACUGUGGGAAGCAUUGGCAUCAACAUGGGCCAGCAUCCCUGUGGAAUGCUUUUGAUACCUUGUAGAGUCCAUGCCCCGACAAAUUGAGGCUGUUCUGAGAGCAAAAGGGGGUGCAACUCAAUAUUAGGACAUUGUAUGUGUGUAUAUGGAAUGCAAUUUGGGACGCAGUCUUAGUCAUCAGAGAUAUUUAAGGUAAUGAAUUAUUUUCUUAUCAAAUAACUGUUUUUGUUUGUUUUCUCACAGAGCAAAGAAGGGAAGAGCCCUUUGCACAUGGCCGCUAUUCACGGGCGCUUCACUCGCUCCCAGAUCCUUAUCCAAAACGGUAACCACACACAGAUCCAAAAUAAUAGUAAUAUUUGCGAUAUUAUAAAAAACAACACUAUUAUCACACACUACACAAUUAUAUGGUGUUUGCGAAAAGUGCCUGCAGUAUUUCGGGGAACAAACUUCUAUUGAAGCGCACCACCCAAACAUACCCAACACUCAUCCCCACCAGCCAAUAGCAGCAACCACAACUCAGACAGCCAGAUGUCAUCUCAUAACUGUGUCAAAAACAGUAUGGUGCAAUUCUCCUCUAUGCCCCUAAUCACAUCCUCUAUCUCUCCUCUGUGUGCAGGUGGGGAGAUCGACUGUGUAGAUAAAUAUGGCAAUACUCCUCUUCACGUUGCUGCUAAGCACGGUCACGAGCUGCUGAUCAGCACGCUGAUGACUAACGGUGCUGACACGGCCAGGUGAGACACACGCACACACACAAUCAGGUGAGUGACAGAACAGACACACAAGUCUGGUGUAGACAUUCCUUAUGGCAGAAGCAUAACGUCUCUUCUGAGAGAAUUAUGUCAGAGGAUCAGUUCUCCCAUUGCUUAUGUAACAUAAUGGACCUCUCAACAGAACUAGCAGCAAAACUCAUAUCUCUUCUACACUGAACCAAAAUAUAAACGCAACAUGUAAAGUGUUGGUCCCAUUUUUCAUAAGCUGAAAUAAAAGAUCCCAGAAAUGUUCCAUACGCACAAAAAGCUGAUUUCUCUAAAAUGUUGUGCACAAAUUUGUUUACAUCCAUGUUGGUGAGCAUUUCUCCUUUGCCAAGAUAAUCCAUCCACUGAAGCUGAUUAAACAGCAUGAUUAAAGGCCACUCUAAAAUGUGCCGUUUUGUCACACAACACAAUGCCACAGAUGUCUCAAGUUUUGAGGGAGCGUGCAAUUGGCAUGCUGACUACAGGAAUGUCCACCAGAGCUGUUGCCAGACAAUUGAAUGUUAAUUUCUCUGCCAUAAGCCGCCUCAACAUCAUUUUAGAGAAUUUGGCAGCACGUCCAACCGGCCACACAACCGCAGACCACGUGUAUGGCGUCAUGUGGGCGAGCGGUUUGCUGAUGUCAACAUUGUGAACAGUGCCCCAUGGUGGGGUUAUGGUAUGGGCAGGCAUAAGCUACUGAUAACGAACACAAUUACAUUUUAUUGAUGGCAAUUUGAAUGCACAGAAAUAUUGUGACGAGUACCUGAGACCCAUUGUGAGGCCCAGUUCUUUUAAGGUAUCUGUGGUGUCCAACAGAUGCAUAUCUGUAUUCCCAGUCAUGUGAAAUCCAUAGAUUUGGGCCUAAUGAAUUGAUUUCAAUUGACUGAUUUCAUCAUAUGAACUUUAACUCAGUAAAAUCUUUGAAAUUGUUGCAUUUUAUAUUUUUGUUCAGUAUAGUUACCAUUGUGUGUAUUACAUAUUUGAGAAGCUGCUGUCAGGACUGUAUCUCUUUCCCUGUCUCAUAUAUUCCCCUAUCCAUCUCUCUGUCGCUCUCGGUCUCUCUAGGCAAGGGAUUAAUGGGAUGUUUCCGUUGCAUUUGGCUGUGCUCUACGGGUUUUCAGACUGUUGUCGCAAGUUACUUUCCUCAGGUAAGCCUUUAGACAGCCAUGGAAACUGUUUGUAUGAUUGAAACUAAUCAAGUUUCAUGGAAGUGUACAUUCAAAUUACCCUAAGUAGUGCUGUACCAGAUAGAAUGUGAAAGGGCAUUUACAUACAACACAUUCUUUAAGUACUUGCUUUUUGUCAUUCAGUGUCAUGUUAGGAAACAGACCUCCCAAUGUGGUCACCCCGUAUGACAUCACUUCCUGUUUUGUGUUGUGCUUUCUGCAGGUCAGCUGUACAGCAUUGUAUCAUCUCUGAGCAACGAGCACGUGCUGUCAGCCGGGUUUGACAUAAACACCCCAGACAGCUUGGGAAGGACCUGCCUGCACGCCGCUGCCUCUGGAGGGUAAGCGUGCGUGCACACACAUUUUGAAUGAAGAGUGAGCUUUUUGGUAGUGGUUGUAUAAUAAUCUCAUUUGUAUUUCUGUUCUCUCUUUGAUGGCAGAAACGUUGAAUGUCUUAACUUGCUGUUGAGCAGUGGUGCUGACUUGAGUAUUAAGGACAAAUUGGGAAGGUGAGUGGUCUCAUUCUAGAAUUCAACAAAUGUGUUUUUCCCCAUAACGUUUUUGUCAUUGAGUGAGUUCUAUUCUAUCCUAUCCUAUUUUAUUAUCUUCUCCUGUGAGUGUGACUUCUGCUCUCCCGUCCCUCCCAUGGCAGAGCUCCUUUGCACUACGCUGCGGCGAAUGGGAGCUACCAGUGCACGGUUGCCCUGGUGAGUGCUGGUGCCGAGGUGAACGAGCUGGACCAGAAGGGCUGCAGCCCCCUGCACUAUGCCGCUGCCUCGCAGACCUUCCGCCGGUGAGACACACAGAACACACACAGGGGGGCUAAAAGAUAUCAGACCCCCAAAUUCGACUGACUUUUUGUUUUUGUUUCAGAGUGGACAGACAUUACUCAGUCGGACACCAGAGUGAGGAGAGGGCCAAGGAGGCCUUUUUGUAAGUCCCUUACCAUGAUUUAGUCUCAGUUUGAUCAAACAUAAAACAUGCAAACUAACCAAGCCCUAACAUUGUGGUGUCUCAGAAGAUGGAAACCGUUUAGAAAUGUAUUAUUUUCUGCAAUGGUUUGCACUUAAGGUUAACCUGCCCAUCUAUUUGACGGCUUGUUGAUUGACCUUUCACAAUUGGCCUCUGUGUUGAUGUAGUUGUGUAUCCAACAGUUUGUUGGUUGACAUAACAACAUGACUGUCCUCUUCACCCUCUGUAUGUGUAGUUGUUUAGAGUAUCUGCUGGAUAAUGGGGCUGACCCAGCUCUGAGGAACACCAAGGGUUACAGCGCAGUCCAUUAUGCAGCAGCCCACGGAAACAAGCAGAACCUGGAGCUGGUGAGUCAGUGGGAGGAGGGACUACCGGUGUGUGUGUGCGCGUGCACAUGUGCGUGCUACAGACAUACUGGCAAAAUGAGACCGAAUCAUGGGUGCAUUUCAAUAGUGGCUUACCCUCCUCGUCUUCAUCUGCACUAUGAAAGAACAGGACAACUGACGGCAAAGACCUAGUAGACAUCCAACCAUAUCGCUUUCACCAGGCCAUUGUUUUCAGAUCAGUGCAGAUAACGAAGAGGAAAGGAAAUCAUUUUAGAGUAUUAAGAUGAAGCCAAAGUUGUACUUCAAAAUGGUUCUUAAAUGUAAGGGUUUGGAACUGGUAAUGGCCUUUUGUAAUGAAGUUGUCUUUUCAGCCACACCUUUUAAGAGUUGAGAUUGGCUGUUGGAUGUCGGUAAAGCAUUUACUGUUGCUUCCUCUUCAGAGGGCUAAACUCAAGUGAACGUGUACCAUUUUCUGGCGUCCUUUGGGAAGAGCAGUGGAUCUUAGCAAAUGGUGUGUACAGGUUGCAAACUCCUCUCUUUGUCCCUCUGUCCCCCAGCUCUUGGAGAUGUCGUUCAACUGUCUGGAAGACGUGGAGAGCAGUGUUCCAGUUAGCCCUUUGCACUUAGCCGUGAGUACAGUACACCCGCUUAGCCUCGUUUCCUCUGGCCGAGGUUCCAUUUCACUUUACUGUCUAUUAGUUGAAAUAGAUUGGUUUAACUUCAGAUUAACCCAUUACAUUAGUUUUAAUUACGGCCCCCUCUUUGUUCUACAGUGCUAGUUCAAAGUUGGAGUGAACUAACUAUCCAUUUAACACAGUCACCCAAUUCCUUGACACAUUUAUCCCCCUGACCCCCAUUCUCACACUCUUCAGUUGAACUGUUGUGAGGUGCUGGUUCUGAAGUUAGAGUGAAAUAAAUAUCCCAUUAACACAGUGACCCACUGCCAUUCUCACAAUCUUGUAUUCCCUGCCCUUUCCCCCACCCAGGCGUAUAACGGUCACUGUGAGGCGUUGGGGGUGUUGUCUGAGACACUGGUGAGUCUGGACGUUCGGGACGCGGGGGGGCGCACCGCCCUCUACCUGGCAGCCCAACGGGGACAUGCUCAGUGCGUGGAGGUACUGCUGUCCCACGGGGCCUCCUGCCGCCUGAAGGAGCGCCGCCGCAAGUGGACCCCAUUUCACGUCGCAGGUGUGUGUGUGUUCCACUCUAUGGGGUGGUUGUUAGUUUCUGAUCCACUUGGUGUUUGUAUGUGUGUGAGCAUAUAAUAAUAUUUUCACUCCUCUCUGUGUUACAUUCUCCCUGCUCUUCAUUGUGUGUGCUUGUCUCAAUAUUUGACUGUCUCCGUCAACAUCUCCAGCUUCCAAUGGCCAAGCAGACUGUCUGCUCAUGCUGGUCAACCGAGGUGAGAAGGCUGAUGUCAUCGAUUUCGUCGACGUACAGGGACAGUGAGUGACUGUCAUUCAUUUCUUGAAUAUUGAACAUUGUGCACCCACUAGAAUGGAAGGAUAGAGGAUUUUCUAGUUUCCUACAAUGCCAGCAACAACAAUUUUUUAACAACAAUUCUCUAGUAGAGGGUUCCCUGUUUUGACCUACUGGUUAUUUUUGUUUAAAACCACGUGUGUGUGUGUGUGUGCAGGACGGCUCUGAUGCUGGCAGCUCUGGGCAGUCACACUGACUGUGUCUACAUCUUGCUGGAGAAGGGAGCCGGGGCUGACACCGCCGACAAGAGAGGCCGCACUGCCCUACACAGAGCUGUGAGUGUCCCCACCAUGUGUAUAUAAUGUUCUAUCUGCCCAAUCUCGGGGGGGGGGUGUCCCAAAUUAGUUUUUUAAAAAUGUUAUACUGCAGAUUAACAACCAUUCACCUACUGUGAUGGUCCAAAAACGUUAACUCUUUCCUCUGUUCUUCUCUUUCUCUCUCUCUUUCUCUCCUCUUCUCUUCUUCUUUCCUUCCUCUUCUCUCUCCUUUUUUUGUCCUUUCUUCCUCUUGGCAGUGAUGGGUUCUGCCUCUCUAACUCUUUCUGUCUCUUCCUCCAGGCGGCGAUGGGCUGUGAGGACUGUGUGUCGGCCCUGCUCGAGCACGGGGCCUCUGCUCUGUGCAGGGAUUCCCGGGGACGCACACCCCUGCACCUGGCCGCCUCCUGCGGCCACAUGGAGCUCCUGCGCAGCCUGCUGCAGGGUGCCACAAGCACCGACCCCCUCGACUCCAUGUUGGACUACAGUGGAUACACCCCCGCCCACUGGGCCGCCUACCACGGUGAGACAUGCACACCUUCAUGGAGAGGCUACAAAUAACCGUGGUGAAUAACUCACAAAGUAUGGGCUUUGGCUAGAUGGCAUGGCGAGAACUCGUUGCUUCUAAGCUGUGAACCGUUGUCUGACUCACAUAUUUUUACUCUUUCAGGGCACGAGGACUGUUUGGAUGUUUUACUUGAACACAAACCAUUUAGCAUCCAGGAAGGAAACCCCUUCACCCCAUUGCACUGUGCUCUGUGAGUACCACGACUGGUUCCCCCAGCCUUUCUAGGUAGUGCUGAGCAAUUAAAAGAAAUGUUAGUUAUUUUUCCAACAUCCGUUCAAUUAUUUUAAUUCCAUUUCGUUUUCUUCUGUGAGCUCAAUGCGCAUUUUCUCACUGCAGUUUCUCUUUUAGAAAUCAGAUCAAACCCGAACUGUGCGAUUUAGUAGGGAGUUGUAGUUUCCAACAGGCCACUAUUCUACAUCAGUGGUCACCAACCGGUCGAUCUUCGAGGCAUUCCUAGUCGAUCACCAAACAUUUCUGUAGAAAAGCCAGCGAUAAAGGCAUAAAGGCUUGCGCUCCUUUGUUUUGCUUUAUGUUGUGCUGUUGGCUGUAGGUAUACUUGAAUCAGAAGACCUACGCCCCGGGUAGGCAAAGUGUUCCCAUUUCGAACGAUUUGAUUUGUCUGAAAAAAACUGCGUUUUUAUUAUUAGUAGCAGCUGGUAGUGUCUAUUUUAAUAUCGAGGAAUAUUUCACUUUCUCUGGCAUAGAAACAUGAAUUUGUGUUUGAGGCAGAUGCGGUGCGACUUACGUUUCGCCAUCAGGUGGAAGACUGUGUCCCCUCUCUCUGGUCAGUCUCACUGGAGGAAAGAAAGGAGAGAGCAUUGGCGGACCCUCUGCUGCUCUCUCCCUCCCUCCACUGAGACUAAUGCCGUGUUCAAAACAACUGGGAACUCUGAAAUUUCCGACUUCAGUGCGUUCAAGAUAACUGGGAACUCUGGGGGGGGGGGAAAUCGUUUUGAACGGUCAUCCAACUCGGAAACUCUGGCAUCUUUCUAGAGCUCUGAAUUUCUGACCUGAAGUUCACUGACAUCUUGAUUUGACCUUGUUUUUUCAGAGUUCCCAGUUGUCUUGAAAGUACCAUGACCAUGAGAUGCAGGUACCAUUAGUCCAGUAAAAUAAAAAAGCUAAUUAUUUCAAUUUAUGCUCAGCUGUGCCUUGCUAGUGCUACACCAACCGAUCAAUUUUGUUAUCAAAGCUCGAGUUUUGGAUGCGUACUUUUGGGGGUACUAUAUGACCGGAGUUGGGAAACUCUCUAAGUGAUUGAUAGUUGGUAUUCAGCAGUCAUAAAUGUAUGCCUUAUUUACUUUGAAGAACUAGUAAAAUUGUGAUUUUGUCAGACAGCAUAGGCAGCAGCUCUACAAUGGCUUGCGAAAGUAUUCACCCCCCUUGGCAUUUUUCCUAUUUUGUUGCCUUACAACCUGGAAUUAAAAUUGAUUUUUUACUGUGAAACUAACAAGAAAUAAGACAAAAAAACAGAACUUGAGUGCAUAACUAUUCACCCCCCCCCAAAGUCAAUACUUUGUAGAGCCACCUUUUGCAGCAAUUAGAGCUGCAGGUCUCUUAUGGUAUGUCUCUAUAAGCUUGGCACAUCUAGCCACUGGGAUUUUUGCCCAUUCUUCAAGGCAAAACUGCUCCAGCUCCUUCAAGUUGGAUGGGUUCUGCUGGUGUACAGCAAUCUUUAAGUCAUACCACAUAUUCUCAAUUGGAUUGAGGUCUGGGCUUUGACUAGACCAUUCCAAGACAUUUAAAUGUUUCCCCUUAAACCACUCAAGUGUUGCUUUAGCAGUAUGCUUAGGGUCAUUGUCCUGCUGGAAGGUGAACCUCCGUCCCAGUCUCAAAAUCUCUGGAAGAUUGAAACAGGUUUCCCUCAAGAAUGUCCCUUUAUUUAGCACCAUCCAUCAUUCCUUCAGUUCUGACAAGUUUCCCAGUCCCUGCCAAUGAAAAAUGGAAGAGUUCUCGGGGUGUUGAGAGGUGUUGAGUUUGCUCCAGACAUAACAUUUUCCUUGAUGGCCAAAAAGCUAAAUUUUAGUCUCAUCUGACCAGAGUACCUUCUUCCAUAUGUUUGGGGAGUCUCCCACAUGCCUUUUGGCGAACACCAAAUGUGUUUGCUUAUUUUUUUCUUUAAGCAAUGGCAUUUUCUGGCCACUCUUCCGUAAAGCCCAGCUCUGUGGAGUGUACGGCUUAAAGUGGUCCUAUGGACAGAUACUACAAUCUCCACUGUGGAGCUUUGCAGCUCCUUCAGGGUUAUCUUUGGUGUCUUUGUUGCCUCUCUGAUUAAUGCCCUCCUUGCCUGGUCCGUGGGUUUUGGUGGGUGGCCCUCUCUUGGCAGGUUUGUUGUGGUGCCAUAUUCUUUCCAUUUUUUUAAUAAUGGAUUUAAUGGUGCUCCGUGGGAUGUUCAAAGUUUCUGAUAUGUUUUUAUAACCCAACCCUGAUAUGUACUUCUCCACAAAUUUGUCCCUGACCUGUUUGGAGAGCUCCUUGGUCUUCAUGGUGCCGCUUGCUUGGUGGUGCCUCUUGCUUAGCGGUGUUGCAGACUCUGGGGCCUUUCAGAACAGGUGUGUGUAUAUAUACUGAGAUCAUGUGACAGAUCAUGUGACACUUAGAUUGCACACAGGUGGACGUUAUUUAGCUAAUUAUGUGACUUCUGAAGGUAAUUGGUUGCACCAGAUCUUAUUUAGGGGCUUCAUAGCGCACGCAACACUUUUCUGUUAUUUAUUUAUUAAAAUGUUUUGAAACAAACAAAAAAAAUCAUUUCACUUCACCAAUUUUGACUAUUUUGUGUAUGUCCAUUACAUGAAAUCCAAAUAAAAUCCAUUUAAAUUACAGGUUGUAAUGCAACAAAAUAGGAAAAAUGCCAAGGGGGGUGAAUACUUUUGCAAGGCACUGUAUAGAGAUGAGAUGAUGACUUGGAAUGAAAUAAUAGUCAUCAAGUAAAACAAAUGUAAAAUACACAACUGAAAUCUUUUAUUAAAGUCGUGAAUAAAUUAUUGUUAAUAUGUGAUAAGCAGUAAUGGGCUGUCACUACCAUCAUGGGACUUUUAUUCAUUGUUUUAUUCUGUGUUACAGUAUUCAACCCACAUAAUGCAUAGUGCAUUUAAUAAAAAAUAAACAAAUAAAAAUCGAUAACGGUAAACAUUUCUUAAUAAUCCAACAGCACUACUUUUAGGUUUCUGUAUUGUAUGAUUUUCAGAGCUAUCGGUUGAUCAGCUCUGGCAUUGAAUCCAUCAGAAUGUUGCUGUUCUUUUUGAUAAGAGAGAUGGAGGAUGUUUUCUUCUUCCUUUCCAGAAUAAAUGGCCAUGAUGGUGCUGCUGAACUACUGGUAGAGACCGUUGGAACUCAGAUGGUGAACUUCAGAGACGCCAAAGGAAGGUGCGUGUCAUUUCUAUUUUGAGUUUCUUCCUAUGCCUUUUCGUACAGAGCUCUUUCUAGUCUACUGUAUUGCAGCUUGCCACUGUUGCUUACCUGUCUGUCUGCCUGGUUGUGGCUGCCCUGGGCUGUGCCUGAAGGACCCCGUUGCACGCAGCUGCCUAUUCAGAAAGUGUGGCCGGGCUGCAGCUGGCCCUGGUCCAGGGGGCAGAGGUCAAUGCGGUGGACACCACCGGACACUCCGCGUUGAUGGUUGCGGCCGACAACGGACAGACUGCAGCUGUCGGUGAGAUGAGGAAAUGUGAUCAUUGAUCCAGUAAAUAUGAGAACUGACCAUUUAGUGGUCUUAUUAGUUUGGUAUAUGUCAUGUUUUAUUUUAUAUUAAUUUAUUAAAUAUAUUUAUGAACUGUGUAAUUGUGGACACCACAUCAAAUAGCAAACCUUGCUAGUGACCAUAGCAACUGGAGGAAGCCUGUUGUGGACUGUUCUGCAGCCUAACAAUGAUGAUGAUACUGAUGAUGUGUAAUUGUGAGAGAUGUGUGAACCCAACAGAGAUCCUGCUGCACCAGGCCAAGGCAGACCUGACCCUGCUGGAUGUCAACGACAACACCGCCCUUCACUUGGCCUGCAGCAAGGUGAGACGCAUGCAUGGUUGAUCGCUCACUCACUCAUAGGCAUGAGUACUCAAACGGAUGUCAAAACUAUUUCUUUAACCAGGAAUUACAUUUUUGUUAUUUUUACAAUUUGGUGGAAUGUGCUUUGUGGCUGCCCUAACGGGCAAGUGACAUUUUGUCCCGAAUGUAUAUUUUUUUGGGGGUCUUUAAGACAAUGUUAAAUUGCUUUGACUCUAGUGUUUCAUUUGGACAUGUGCAGUUGCAGGGCACAACAAAAAGGAAACCAAGCCAAGCAUCAAACAGUUCUUCUCCCUAAAUUCCCUUUCCCCUCCGUGUCUCUCUCUGUCGCGCUCCGACCAAUCCCUCUACACACACGUGCUUACACGAUCCCGUUAGGCCCACAGAAAUAAAUGCCUAUUAAAAACGUAUCUAACAGAUGGGAUACAUACACAAGCUACAUUCACUAGUUGAUUGAGGUAGGGAAAUAUGUGUUCCAACAACGAGCUGCAGUUUUGGAAUAAUUGAGUAAGUUUAAAUGCACACUUAUUAUUCAAUCAAUAUUAAACUGAUUGUGGCAAAAGGCCAAGUAUGGCAUUAUUCAUGUUUUAUUUUAUUUUUUAUUUAACCUUUAUUUAACUAGGUAAAUCAGUUAAGAACAAAUUGUUAUUUACAAUGACGUCCUACCAAAAGGCAAAAGGCCUCCUACGGGACGGGGGCUGGGAUUAAAAAUAUUAGACAAAACAUGCAUCACGACAAGAGAGACACCACAACACUACAUAAAGAGAGACCUAAGACAACAACAGCAUGGUAGCAACACAUGACAACACAGCAUGGUAGCAACACCACAUGACAACAACAUGGUAGCAUCACAACAUGGUACAAACAUUAUUGGGCACAGACAACAGCACAAAGGCAAGAAGAUAGAGACAACAAUACAUCAUGCGAAGCAGCCACAACUGUCAGUAAGAGUGUCCAUAAUUGAGUCUUUGAAUGUAAGCACCUUACUCUGCUUAUCAGAAUCGACGUAAGUUCAUAAACUAAGUAAGCAUACGCCAAUUACAAAACCUGAUUUUCUGAGCAAACUUUCAAAUAAUUAGGACAGCUUAAUCGGCAUCUCAGCGGUGUAUUUGUUCUGCGCAUGUGCCAGCACCGGUAGCAUAAGCCUCCCUCUUAUGCACGAGUGAAGUGCGUUUGGAAAAACUGAAAGUAUGCAUCUUAGAAAUGGUUUUCACAUACACACUUUAUACACUGAACAAGAAUAUAAACGCAACAUGUAAAGUGUUGGUCCCAUGUUUCAUGAGCUGAAAUAAAAUAUCCCAGAAAUGUUCCAUACGCACAAGAAGCGUAUUUCUCACAAAUUUUGGGCACAAAUUUGAUUACAUCCCUGUUAACGAGCAUUUCUCCUUUGCCAAGAUAAUCCAUCCACCUGACAGGUGUGGCAUAUCAAGAAGCUGAUUAAACAGCAUGAUCAUUACACAGGUGCACCUUGUGCUGGGGACAACUAAAGGCCACUACAAAGUGCAGUUUUGUCACACAACACAAUGCCACAGAUGUCUCAAGUUUUGAGGGAGUGUGCAAUUGGCAUGCUGACUGCAGGAAUGUCCACCAGAGCUGUUGCCAGAUAAUUGGAUGUUCAUUUCUCUACCAUAAGCCAUCUCCAAUGUCGUUUUGGAGAAUUUGGCAGUACGUCCAACCGGCCUCACAACCACAUACCACGUGUAUGGCGUCGUGUGGGUGAGCGAUUUGCUGAUGUCAAUGUUGUGAACAGAGCCCCAUGGUGACGGUGGGGUUAUGGUAUGGGCAGGUAUAAGCUAUGGACAACGAAAACGAUUGCAUUUUAUCUAUGGCAAUUUGAAAGCACAGAGAUAUACCGUGAAGAGAUCCUGAGGCCCAUUGUCGUGCCAUUCAUCCGCCACCAUCACCUCAUGUUUCAGCAUGAUAAUGCACUACCCCAUGUCGCAAGGAUCUGUACACAAUUCCUUGAAGCUGAAAAUGUCCCAGUUCUUCAAUGGCCUGCAUACUCACCAGACAUGUCACCUAUUAAGCAUGUUUGGGAUGCUCUGAUCCAAGCCCCUACUUUUUUUUAAAGGUAUUUGUGACCAAAAUCUGUAUUCCCAGUCAUGUGAAAUCCAUAGAUUAAGGCCUAAUUUAUUUAUUUAAAUUGACUGAUUUCCUUAUAUGAACUUUAACUCAGUAAAAUCUUUGAAAUUGUUGCAUGUUGCGUUUAUAUUUUUGUUCAGUAUACGUUUACCCACCCCCAAAAUCAAUAUUUAUGAGCAGCUUCUCACCUGAAUGCAUUAUAUACAGUGGGGAGAACAAGUAUUUGAUACACUGCCGAUUUUGCAGGUUUUCCUACUUACAAAGCAUGUAGAGGUCUGUAAUUUUUAUCAUAGGUACACUUCAACUGUGAGAGACGGAAUCUAAACAUCACAUUGUAUGAUUUUUAAGUAAUUAAUAUGCAUUUUAUUGCAUGACAUAAGUAUUUGAUACAUCAGAAAAGCAGAACUUAAUAUUUGGUACAGAAACCUUUGUUUGCAAUUACAGAGAUCAUACGUUUCCUGUAGGUCUUGACCAGGUUUGCACACACUGCAGCAGGGAUUUUGGCCCACUCCGCCAUUCUGUACCAAAUAUUAAGUUCUACUUUUCUGAUGUAUCAAAUACUUAUGUCAUGCAAUAAAAUGCAAAUUAAUUACUUAAAAAUCAUACAAUGUGAUGUUUAGAUUCCGUCUCUCACAGUUGAAGUGUACCUAUGAUAAAAAUUACAGACCUCUACAUGCUUUGUAAGUAGGAAAACCUGCAAAAUCGGCAGUGUAUCAAAUACUUGUUCUCCCCACUGUGUGUGUGUGUGUAUGUAUAUGUGUGUAUAUAUAUAUAUAUAUAUAUAUAUAUAUAUAUAUAUAUAUAUAUAUAUAUGUGUGUAUAUAAUAUUUUUUUUGAAGGGGUUGGGCACAGCAAUGGGCUUCUGCAAGCGCCACUGCUGAGGUUACUGACUUUUUGAAGAUUGUUUUCCACAAUAUAAUAUAACCAGUUGAUAUUACAGUUUAACCCCCUAAGGUUAAUGCCUGUGCCCCCGCAGAAAUCGAAUUAGCAUAAUACAAAUAUCCCCAUAAAAAUAUGUCAGUUUAAGCUAGAGAUCUGUUUUUUGCAUUGGAUGCGUCUCAAUCCACCGCCUAUGUAACACUUCCGCGUCUGCGGUGAAAGGUGACAGAGCUAGAAUGGUGUUUGUCACACCAUGAGACAUCCUGAAAAUCAGUCUUCUCACAAAAUAUAUAUAUAUAUUUUUUGUAUGAUAGACACUUCAGAACAAACUUCCUUGAAAUUUUGUUUUGGGGGGGGGGGGACUAUCUGUUGCUCCAUGUAGUGAAUAUGUUAUUCAAUGAGUUUGUAUGGGCUAAUAGUAGUAAGGCCAAAUAAAAUGUUUGAUCAUAACAUUUUCUUUAUACUUCAAGGGGUCUUAAAAUUCAAAAUCAAAACCAUAUAGCUUAGUAGUACCCCCCUCCCCCGGCUUAGACUUAUGGGUUAAAUAAUGAAUCUUAAAUGGCACUUGUUUUUUUGUAUCGACUGAAUAUACACUGAGUAUACCAACCCCCACCCCCCUUCCCUCAGAACAGCCUCAAUUCGUCGGGGCAUGGACUACAAGGUGUCGAAAGCGUUCCACAGGGAUGCUGGCCCAUGUUGACUCCAAUGCUUCCCACAGUUGUGUCAAGUUGCUGGAUGUCUUUUGGGUGGUGGACCCUUCUUUACACACAGGGAACUGUUGAGCGUGAAAAACCCAGUAGCGUUGCAGUUCUUGACACAAACCGGUGCGCCUGGCACCUACUACAAUACCCCGUUCAAAAGCACUUAAAUCUUUUGUCUUGCCCAUUCACCCUCUGAAAGGCACACAUACACAAUCCAUGUCUCAAGGCUUAGAAAUCCUCCUUCAUCUACACUGAUUGAGGUGGAUUUAACAGGUGACAUCACUAAGGUAUCAUAGCUUUCACCUGGAAUUAAUUGCUUAAUUAACCCAGGAACCACACCUGUGUGGAAGCACCUGCUCUCAGUAUACUUUGUAUCCCUCAUUUACUCAAGUGUUUCCAUUAUUUUGUCAGUUACCUGUAGGUAAAUGCGCAAAUUGUUUUACAGUGUGUUCUGUGUUCUAAAAAUAGUACUCAAUCGAGUUCUUGAAAAAAAAAUCAUGCAAGUACUCGAACUGUCAAAACAUUUAAAAUGCCCAUCCUUACUCACUCACUCGGUCACUCAGUCCUGUAGCAAGGCCAGACACUCCAUCAUACACCUAGCUGACACAUGACCCACUGUUAUUUUGAAUUCUGACCCACUGUAGCCAAAUACACAUCCCAAGUUAUUUAAGAACUCUGGCCUCUAUCAACUAUACAGGAAACCAGCAGGCAAAGUCAUGACAGAUCCACAUAUCAUUGGAAAAAGUGCUUUAUCCCUCAGAUUGCUAAUUUGUAUUACUGUUGAUACCAAAGCACAAAUUAGGUGGCAGGGAAAUGGCAUGUGUGUUUCCAUAAGAGUUUCUCCAUGUUCCAGUCCUAGUGUUUCCCGGCGGCAGACUGGUGUACUGUCCAGGGGGAACUUGUACAUCAAGCUGCCUCACGCUACAGGGACAGAAGAUAGGCUCCUGCUCUAUGGGCCGUUCUGGUUUCGACAAGGCUUACUUACUUAAUGUGUUUUCUCCGGCAGGCUCAUGAGAUGUGUGCCCUGUUAAUCCUGGGAGAGAUCAGCGACCCCUCCCUCAUCAAUGCAACAAACAGUGCACUGCAAAUGUGAGCCGUCAUGUCAGCUACUCAGCCUUUCAUUAAAGACACUGUUCAACACUGUAGAAAACCCCAGCUUCAGCUCUCUCAGCCCUUUCCAACUCUCAAACUGUGUAACUCCUACAGUGAGGGAAAAAAGUAUUUGAUCCCCUGCUGAUUUUGUACGUUUGCCCACUGACAAAGAAAUGAUCAGUCUAUAAUUUUAAUGGUAGGUUUAUUUGAGCAGUGAGAGACAGAAUAACAACAACAAAAUCCAGAAAAAUGCAUGUCAAAAAUGUUAUAAAUUGAUUUGCAAUUUAAUGAGGGAAAUAAGUAUUUGACCCCAUCUCAAUCAGAAAGAUUUCUGGCUCCCAGGUGUCUUUUAUACAGGUAACGAGCUGAGAUUAGGAGCACACUCUUAAAGGGAGUGCUCCUAAUCUCAGCUUGUUACCUGUAGAAAAGACACCUGUCCACAGAAGCAAUCAAUCAAUCAGAUUCCAAACUCUCCACCAUGGCCAAGACCAAAGAGCUCUCCAAGGAUGUCAGGGACAAGAUUGUAGACCUACACAAGGCUGGAAUGGGCUACAAGACCAUCGCCAAGCAGCUUGGUGAGAAGGUGACAACAGUUGGUGCGAUUAUUCGCAAAUGGAAGAAACACAAAAUAACUGUCAAUCUCCCUCGGCCUGGGGCUCCAUGCAAGAUCUCACCUCGUGGAGUUGCAAUGAUCAUGAGAACGGUGUGGAAUCAGCCCAGAACUACACGGGAGGAUCUUGUCAAUGAUCUCAAGGCAGAUGGGACCAUAGUCACCCAGAAAACAAUUGGUAACACACUACGCCGUGAAGGACUGAAAUCCUGCAGUGCCCGCAAGGUCCCCCUGCUCAAGAAAGCACAUAUACAGGGCCGUCUGAAGUUUGCCAAUGAACAUCUGAAUGAUUCAGAGGAGAACUGGGUGAAAGUGUUGUGGUCAGAUGAGACCAAAAUCGAGCUCUUUGGCAUCAACUCAACUCGCCGUGUUUGGAGGAGGAGGAAUGCUGCCUAUGACCCCAAGAACACCAUCCCCACCGUCAAACAUGGAGGUGGAAACAUUAUGCUUUGGGGGUGUUUUUCUGCUAAGGGGACAGGACAACUUUACCGCAUCAAAGGGACGAUGGACAGGGCCAUGUACCGUCGAAUCUUGGGUGAGAACUUCCUUCCCUCAGCCAAGGAAUUGAAAAUGAGUCGUGGAUGGGUAUUCCAGCAUGACAAUGACCCAAAACACACGGCCAAGGCAACAAAGGAGUGGCUCAAGAAGAAGCACAUUGAGGUCCUGGAGUGGCCUAGCCAGUCUCCAGACCUUAAUCCCAUAGAAAAUCUGUGGAGGGAGCUGAAGGUUCGAGUUGCCAAACGUCAGCCUCGAAACCUUAAUGACUUGGAGAAGAUCUGCAAAGAGGAGUGGAACAAAAUCCCUCCUGAGAUGUGUGCAAACCUGGUGGCCAACUACAAGAAACGUCUGACCUCUGUGAUUGCCAACAAGGGUUUUGCCACCAAGUACUAAGUCAUGUUUUGCAGAGGGGUCAAAUACUUAUUUCCCUCAUUAAAAUGCAAAUCAAUUUAUAACAUUUUUGACAUGUGUUUUUCUGGAUUUUUUUGUUGUUAUUCUGUCUCUCACUGUUCAAAUAAACCUACCAUUAAAAUUAUAGACUGAUCAUGUCUUUGUCAGUGGGCAAGCGUACAAAAUCAGCAGGGGAUCAAAUACUUUUUUCCCUCACUGUAACUCCAGGAGUUGGGAUAAGUUAGAGUUGAAGCUGGGGCUGUAUAUAACACCAUAAAACCUAGCGAUUUGUUUACCCAGGUGGUCUGUUGACUGUCUAUCCCUUAUCUCUCCCCUCUUCCUCCUCAGGCCCCUUCAUAUCGCAGCGAGGAAUGGUCUGGCUACGGUGGUGCAGGUGCUGCUCAGCCGGGGGGCAGCCGUGAUGGCUGUAGAUGAGGAGGGUGAGUCACCACAGUGUCGUUUAGUGAAAAAAGACCGGAGCCCUAUCCUACGUACGUGGUUUGAGCAGUUAGCGAGGUAACUUUGGUCAACUGAGUUCAACUCGGGAUAACCUGUACCACGAAAGUGGCUCACCUUUUAUUCAGGUACAUUUCUAUGGCAAUGAAUCCUUCAGAACUAACCUGCUCCAGGGCAGGCUAACACAGGACUAACUCCAUUUAUCCUGAAUGUGAGCCGCGGGUUGAGGACCGUCAUCAUGCCCUUCAUUUGAGGAAGACUACUGAUUGAAUAAUCUGUUAAUGAAAUGGUUUGUUUGCUAAAAAAAUGUAAUGUUAAAAUACCUAUCACAUUGCACAUUUAGUAAUAACAGAAUGCAUUUGAAACUUCACACAGUAAAACUUGACUUAAUACAAUUAUUUUGGGGAAAAAAGGUGCACGUGGAUUCAUGAGCACACCAUUAAUGAUAAGUAAUAAGUCACUUCAACAAGCCUAUUUCACACCUUAGGCUGCUGAAUUUGCAAGAUAACUUUUCUUUCAUUUCAGCACAAAUGAAAAUGUGGCACUGACUCGCCCAUGGAUUGAUGUUUCAGCAUUGUCUCAAUGAAGAGUUUGGCAUUCGACUAGCCACGUGCGACAUGCAUGAGCAGUUACAAGCCUGCUAGAUUAGCGGUAGGCGGAGGAGCAAUAUCCUCCGACGUAGUAUUGAUGAAGCCUGAGCUGGAAUGUGAAGCUAACUGAAGCUGGCUAGCUUUAGAAAACCCUUGCUUCAAUUGUAGUAUACCUCUCUGGGUGAGGCAGAGGCGAAUACUGGCCCAACCAAUCAGGCUGGCUUAAAAUAUAUACAGUGCCUUCAGAAAGUAUUUAUACCCCUUGACUUAUUCUACAUUUGUUGUGUUACAGCCUGAAUUCAACAUUUAUAAAAUGUAUUUUCUUUCUCAACCAUCAACACACAAUACCCCAUAAUGACAAAGUGAAAACAUGUUUUUAGAAUUUUUGGCAAAUAUAUUGAAAAUAAAAGACAAACAUCUCAUUAACAUAAGUAUUCACACCCCUGAGUCAAUACAGUUAAAAUCACUUUUGGCAGCGAUUACAGCUUUGAGUCUUUCUGAGUAAGUCUCUUACAGUGAGGGAAAAAAGUAUUUGAUCCCCUGCUGAUUUUGUACAUUUGCCCACUGACAAAGAAAUGAUCAGUCUAUAAUUUUAAUGGUAGGUUUAUUUGAACAGUGAGAGACAGAAUAACAACAAAAUCCAGAUAAACGCAUGUCAAAAAUGUUAUAAAUUGAUUUGCUUUUUAAUGAGGGAAAUAGGUAUUUGACCCCCUCUCAAUCAGAAAGAUUUCUGGCUCCCAGGUGUCUUUUAUACAGGUAAAGAGCUGAGAUUAGGAGCACACUCUUAAAGGGAGUGCUCCUAAUCUCAGCUUGUUACCUGUAUAAAAUACACCUGUCCACAGAAGCAAUCAAUCAAACAGAUUCCAAACUCUCCACCAUGGCCAAGACCAAAGAGCUCUCCAAGGAUAUCAGGGACAAGAUUGUAGACCUACACAAGGCUGGAAUGGGCUACAAGACCAUCACCAAGCAGCUUGGUGAGAAGGUGACAACAGUUGGUGCGAUUAUUCGCAAAUGGAAGAAACACAAUCUCCCUCGGCCUGGGGCUCAAUGCAAGAUCUCACCUCGUGGAGUUGCAAUGAUCAUGAGAACGGUGUGGAAUCAGCCCAGAACUACACAGGAGGAUCUUGUUAAUGAUCUCAAGGAAGCUGGGACCAUAGUCACCAAGAAAACAAUUGGUAACACACUACGCCGUGAAGGACUGAAAUCCUGCAGUGCCCGCAAGGUCCCCCUGCUCAAGAAAGCACAUAUACAGGGCCGUCUGAAGUUUGCCAAUGAACAUCUGAAUGAUUCAGAGGAGAACUGGGUGAAAGUGUUGUGGUCAGAUGAGACCAGAAUCGAGCUCUUUGGCAUCCUCAACUCGCCGUGUUUGGAGGAGGAUGAAUGCUGCCUAUGACCCCAAGAACACCAUCCCCACCGUCAAACAUGGAGGUGGAAACAUUAUGCUUUGGGGGUGUUUUUCUGCUAAGGGGUCAGGACAACUUCACCGCAUCAAAGGGACGAUGGACGGGGCCAUGUACCGUCAAAUCUUGGGUGAGAACCUCCUUCCCUCAGCCAGGGCAUUGAAAAUGGGUCGUGGAUGGGUAUUCCAGCAUGACAAUGACCCAAAACACACGGCCAAGGCAACAAAGGAGUGGCUCAAGAAGAAGCACAUUAAGGUCCUGGAGUGGCCUAGCCAGUCUCCAGACCUUAAUCCCAUAGAAAAUCUGUGGAGGGAGCUGAAGGUUCGAGUUGCCAAACGUCAGCCUCAACCUUAAUGACUUGGAGAAGAUCUGCAAAGAGGAGUGGGACAAAAUCCCUCCUAAGAUGUGUGCAAACCUGGUGGCCAACUACAAGAAACGUCUGACCUCUGUGAUUGGCAACAAGGGUUUUGCCACCAAGUACUAAGUCAUGUUUUGCAGAGGGGUCAAAUACUUAUUUCCCUCAUUUAAAAUGCAAAUCAAUUUAUAACAUUUUUUACAUGCGUUUUUCUGGAUUUUUUAGUUGUUAUUCUGUCUCUCACUGUUCAAAUAAACCUACCAUUAAAAUUAUAGACUGAUAAUUUCUUUGUCAGUGGGCAAAAGUACAAAAUCAGCAGGGGAUCAAAUACUUUUUUCCCUCACUGUAAGAGAUUUGCACACCUGGAUUGUACACUAUUUGCACAUAAAAAAUUUUAAAUUAACAUUCUUCAAGCUGUGUCAAGUUGGUUGUUGAUAAUGGCUAGACAGCCAUUUUCAAGUCUUGACAUAGAUUUAAGCCGAUUUAAGUCAAAACCGUAACAAGGCCACUCGGGUACAUUCAAUGUCGUCUUGGUAAGCAACUCUAGUGUAUAUUUGGCCUUGUGUUUUAGGUUAUUGUCCUGCUGAAAGGUGAAUUUGUCUCCCAGUGUCUGUUGGAAAUCAGACUGAACCAGGUUUUCCUCUAGGAUUUUGCCUGUGCUUAGCUCUAUUCCAUUAAUUUUUAUCCUAAAAAACUCCCUAGUCCUUGCCGAUGACAAGCACACUCAUAACAUGAUGCAGCCACCACCCUGCUUGAAAAUAUGAAGAGUGGUACUCAGUGAUGUGUUGUUGGAUUUGCCCCAAACAUAACACUUUGUAUUCAGGACAUAAAGUUAAUUUCUUUGCCACAUUUUUUGCAGUUUUACUUUCGUGCCAUAUUGCAAACUAGUUACACGUUUUGGAAUAUUUUAUGAUGUGCAGCAGGGGUCGGCAACCUUUUUUUGUGUGGAGUGCCAAUUUACAAUUUAUCCUACCAUUUCUAAUGAUCUGCGUGCCAGUUAUGGUUUUCAUAUGUGCAUUACAACUAAUUGUGUCUAUUGAAUAUCUGAUUGUCUACAAACGGAAGAAUUCCAUAGCUCGCUUAACAGAGGGUACUGUCCAUUAGUACCACAGGCUUGGAACACAGAUUAUCUUGGUGAAUGAUAGUGACAUUUAACCACGGGGUGGACAAUCUUCUCUUCAAUCAGCUUUGUGAGUCCUUUAUGUUUCCCCACUAUAGCGGGGGCACCGUCAGUUGUAAUAGCGAGUAUGUUUUUAAUAUCGACACCUCUCUCCUCAAAAUGAUCUGUGAAGGCUUUUGCUACAUCUUCCCCUUUAGUAGUACCAUGCAUGCGUCUUGGACAAAGCAGCUCCUCACGUACCUGCUCUGAGUCACAGUAUCUUGCAACAGCUGCCAGACGUGGAAUGUCAUUCACAUCCACACUCUCAUCAAGAGCCACACUAAACACAGGUGCAUCUUUUAAUGCUACAGUUUGCUUCUCCUUUACAUUUUCAACCAUCUCGGUAACGCGCCUUUCAACAGUUCUGGCAGACACAUGCAUGUCUUUUAUCUUUCAUAUUAUUGUGUCUUUGUUAGGCCCUCCAUCAAAUAAAGCCUGUGAACUACUGAGGAAAGCCUCCUUGAUAUAUUCCCAAUUAAUAAAUUGUUUUCCAUGUUUAGCAAUGCGCAGCGCAACUUUGUGCUCAAUUUUUGACUGCAUGUAGAUUUGUAAACACACUACUUUGCUUUUCAUACCUGUACACGGCCCUCGUGAUUCCUUCAGCCUUGUCCACUUCAUCUUUGAAGUUUUUCCUCAUGUCUCGUUUCAAAAUGACGCCGUACACUUGAUGUCUGACAAACAACAGUUUUACAACAGAGCGCAAACAGACCAGUCCUUCAGUAAAACAAAUUCAUACAGUGCAUUCGGAAAGUAUUCAGACCCCUUGACACAUUUUGUUACGUUACAGCCUUAUUCUAAAAUGGAUGAAAUUGUUUUUUUCCCUCAUCAAUCUACACACAAUACCCCAUAAUGACAAAGCAAAAACAGGUUUUUAGAACUUAGAAGCACCUUUGGCAGCGAAUACAGCCUCAAGUCUAUCUUGGUUUCAUCAGACCAGAGAAUCUUGUUUCUCAUGGUCAGAGUCUUUAUGUGCCUUUUGGCAAACUCCAAGCGGGCUGUUGUGCCUUUUAUUGAGGAGUGGCUUCAGUCUGGCCACUCUACCAUAAAGGCCUAAUUGGUGGAGUGCUGCAGAGAUGGUUGUCCUUCUGUAAUGUUCUCCCAUCUCCACAGAGGAACUCUGGAGCGCAUUCAGAGUGACCAUCGGGUUCUUGGUCACCUCCCUGACCAAGGCCCUUCUCCCCUGAUUGCUCAGUUUGGCCGGGCGGCCAGCUCUCGGAAGAGUCUUGGUUAAAAACUUCCUCAAGUUAAGAAUAAUGGAGGCCACUGUGUUCUUGGGGACCUUCAAUGCUGCAGACAUUUUUCAGUACCCUUCCCCAGAUCUGUGCUUCAACACAAUCCUGUCUCAGAGCUCUACGGACAAUUCCUUUGACCUCAUGGCUUGGUUUUUGCUCUGACAUGCACGGUCAACUGUGGGACCUUAUAUAGACAGGUGUGUGCCUUUCCAAAUUAUGUCCAAUCAAUUGAAUUUACCCCAGGUGGACUCUAAUCAAGUUUUAGAAACAUCUCAAGGAUGAUACAUGGAAGCAGGAUGCACCUGAGCUCAAAUUGGGGUCUCAUAGCAAAGGGUCUGAAUACUUAUGUAAAUAAAAUAUAUUUCUGUUUUUGAUUUUAAUACAAAAAAUCUAUUUGUGCUUUGUCAUUAUGUGGUAUUGUGUGUAAAUUGAUAAGGAAAAUGUUUAUUUAAUACAUUUUAGAAUAAGGCUGUAAAGUAACAAAAUGUGGAAAAAGUCAAGGGGUCUGAAUACUUUCCGAAUGCACAGUAUAUCCUUUUUUUGGGGGGUGGGGGGAGUGGCUUGCCAAGUCUUAGGUUGCCGACCCCUGCUGUACAGGCUUCAUUCUUUUCACUUUUCACUUUUCAAUUAGGUUAGUAUUGUGGAGUAACUACAAUGUUGUUGAUCCAGCUGCCGUUUUCUCCUAACACAGCCAUUACAUUCUGUAACUGUUUUGAAGUCACCAUUGGCCUCCUGGUGAAAUCCCUGAGAGGGUUCCUCCCUCUGCGGCAACUGAGUUAGGAAGGACGCCUGUGUCUUUGUAGUGACUGGGUGUAUUGAUACACCAUCCAAAGUGUAAUGCUCAAAGGGAUAUUCAAUGUCUGUAUAAAAAAAAAAAAAAAAAAAAAAAAAAAAAAAAUCUACAAAUAGGUGCACAUUGCGAGGCAUUAGAAAACCUCUCUGGUCUUUGUGGUUGAAUCUGUGUUUGAAAUGCACUGCUCGACUGAGGUACCUUAAAGAUAAUUGUGUGCAUUUUAAUGAGGGAAAUAAGUAUUUGACCCCUCUGCAAAACAUGACUUAGUACUUGGUGGCAAAACCCUUGUUGGCAAUCACAGAGGGCAGACGAUUCUUGUAGUUGGCCACCAGGUUUGCACACAUCUCAGGAGGGAUUUUAUUCCACUCCUCUUUGCAGAUCUUCUCCAAGUCAUUAAGGUUUCGAGGCUGACGUUUGGCAACUUGAACCUUCAGCUCCCUCCACAGAUUUUAUAUGGGAUUAAGGUCUGGAGACUGGCUAGGCCACUCCAGGACCUUUAAUGUGCCUCUUCUUGAGCCACUCCUUUGUUGCCUUGGCUGUGUGUUUUGGGUCAUUGUCAUGCUGGAAUACAAAUCCAUGACCCAUUUUCAAUGCCCUGUCUGAGGGUAGGUUCUCACCCAAGAUUUGACGGUACAUGGCCCUGUCCAAAGAGUUGAUGCCAAAGAGCUUGAUUUUGGUCUCAUCUGACCACAACACUUUCACCCAGUUCUCCUCUGAAUCAUUCAGAUGUUAAUUGGCAAACUUCAGACGGCCCUGUAUAUGUGCUUUCUUGAGCAGGGGGACCUUGCGGGCGUUGCAGGAUUUUAGUCCUUCACGGCGUAGUGUGUUACCAAUUGUUUUCUUGGUGACUAUGGUCCCAUCUGCCUUGAGAUCAUUGAGAAGAUCCUCCUGUGUAGUUCUGGGCUGAUUCCUCACCGUUCUCAUGAUCAUUGCAACUCCACGAGGUGAGAUCUUGCAUGGAGCCCCAGGCCGAGGGAGACUGACAGUUAUUUUGUGUUUCUUCCAUUUGCGAAGAAUCGCACCAACUGUUGUCACCUUCUCACCAAGCUGCUUGGCGAUGGUCUUUGUAGCCCAUUCCAGCCUUGUGUAGGUCUACAAUCUUGUCCCUGACAUCCUUGGAGAGCUCUUUGGUCUUGGCCAUGGUGGAGAGUUUGGAAUCUGAUUGAUUGAUUGCUUCUGUGGACAGGUGACAUUUAUACAGGUAACAAGCUGAGAUUAGGAGCACUCCCUUUAAGAGUGUGCUCCUAAUCUCAGCUCGUUACCUGUAUAAAAGAUACCUGGGAGCCAGAAACCUUUCUGAUUGAGAGGGGGUCAAAUACUUAUUUCCCUCAUUAAAAUGCAAAUCAAUUUAUAACAUUUUUGACAUGCGUUUUUCUGGACUUUGUUGUUGUUAUUCUGUCUCUCACUGUUCAAAUAAACCUACCAUUAAAAUUAUAGACUGAUCAUUUCUUUGUCAGUGGGCAAACGUACAAAAUCAGCAGGGGAUCAAAUACUUUUUUCCCUCACUGUAUAUAGUAGACCUAUACAGUGCCUUGCAAAAGUAUUCAUCCGCCUUGGCGUUUUUUCCUAUUUUGUUGCAUUACAACCUGUAAUUUAAAAUAGAUUUUUAUUUGGAUUUCAUUUAAUGGACAUACACAAAAUAGUCCAAAUUGGUGAAGUGAAAUGAAAAAAAAUACUUGUUUUAGACUAAUUCAAAAAAAUAAAUAAUGGAAAAGUGGUGCGUGCAUAUGUAUUCUCCCCCUUUGCUAUGAAGCCCCUAAAUAAGAUCUGGUGCAACCAAUUACAUUCAGAAGUCAGAUAAUUAGUUAAAUAAAGUCCACCUGUGUGCAAUCUAAGUGUCACAUGAUCUGUCACAUGAUCUCAGUAUAUAUACAUCUGUUCUGAAAGGCCCCAGAGUCUGUAACACCACUAAGCAAGGGGCACCACCAAGCAAGAGGCACCAUGAAGACCAAGGAGCUCUCCAAACAGGUCAGGGACAAAGUUGUGGAGAAGUACAGAUCAGGGUUGGGUUAUAAUUUUUUUAAUCAGAAACUUUAAACAUCCCACGGAGUGCUAUUAAAUCCAUUAUUCAAAAAUGGAAAGAAUGUGGCACCACAACAAACCUGCCAAGAGAGGGCCACCCACCAAAACUAACGGACCAGGCAAGGAGGGCAUUAAUCAGAGGCAACAAAGAGACCAAAUAUAACCCUGAAGGAGCUGCAAAGCUCCACAGUGGAGAUUGGAGUAUCUGUCCAUAGGACCACUUUAAGCCGUACACUCCACAGAGCUGGGCUUUACGGAAGAGUGGCCAAAAAAAAGCCAUUGCUUAAAGAAAAAAAUAAGCAAACACGUUUGGUGUUCGCCAAAAGGCAUGUUAGAGACUCCCCAAAUAUAUGGAAGAAGGUACUCUGAUCAGAUGAGACUAAAAUUGAGCUUUUUGGCCAUCAAGGAAAACACUAUGUCUGGCGCAAACCCAACACCUCUCAUCACCCCGAGAACACCAUCCCCACAGUGAAGCAUGGUGGUGGCAGCAUCAUGCUGUGGAGAUGUUUUUCAUCGGCAGGGACUGGGAAACUGGUCAGAAUUGAAGGAAUGAUGGAUGGUGCUAAAUAAAGGGACAUUCUUGAGGGAAACCUGUUUCAAUCUUCCAGAGAUUUGAGACUGGGACGGAGGUUCGCCUUCCAGCAGGACAAUGACCCUAAGCAUACUGCUAAAGCAGCACUCAAGUGGUUUUAUGGGAAACGUUUAAAUCUGUGGUAUGACUUAAAGAUUGCUGUACACCAGCGGAACCCAUCCAACUUGAAGGAGCUGGAGCAGUUUUGCCUUGAAGAAUGGGCAAAAAUCCCAGUGGCUAGAUGUGCCUAGCUUAUAGAGACAUACCCCAAGAGACUUGCAGCUGUAAUUGCUGCAAAAGGUGGCUCUACAAAGUAUUGACUUUGGGGGGGUGAAUAGUUAUGCACGCUCAAGUUUUCUGGUCUUAUUUCUUGUUUGUUUCACAAUAAAAAAAUAUUUUGCAUCUUCAAAGUGGUAGGCAUGUUGUGUAAAUCAAAUGAUACAAACCCCCCAAAAAUCAAUUUUAAUUUCAGGUUGUAAGGCAUCAAAAUAGGAAAAAUGCCAAGGAGGGUGAAUAUUUUUUCAAGCCACUGUAAAUGCUUAGUCAUGGCUGUGUGUCGAACCAACAGAUAUCUAACGGAUAUCUAACUGAUGAGGUGGCCAAAUAUUCUGUCCUCUGUGUUCUCUUGCGAGUACUAAGAACAGUUUGUUCUUCUAAUAGAGGAUAAGGAGAGACUUCGUUCGGAACAGAGAUACCUAACCGAACAUGCAAGUUUCAGAGUACAGAGGGUGAGGGUAAGAACACGAGAUGUGCCUAGCCGUGGUGGACCAGGUACAGAGAUAUGUUAAAACUGCAACUUACACAACCAGAGUAACAGGAUUGUACACACCUAUCAUGUAUAUUAACCUUAAAGUAAUGCUAAUACUAAUUAAAGUGUCGUAGAAUUGCAUGUUUUUUUAAAGUUAGUUGGAUAUACGGAAAUUCCAAAUAUGUGGUUUUUAACCUGAGCACUGCUCUAUUGCUGCAGCUGUGAGAUGGCAGCGAGCAGACUGGAGUAGCCUAGAGAAGCUAGCUAGCCAGCUAUAGCUAGCUAGGCUAAUUCUUGAGGCCACAUGAUGCGCUUUCUACCCAACCUCAUUCAAAUAAAACAACAGCCUGGCCUCCCGAGUGGCGCAGUGGUCUAAGGCACUGCAUCGCAGUGCUAGCUGUGCCACUAGAGAUCCUGGUUUGAGUCCAGGCUCUGUCGUAUCCGGCCGCGACCGGGAGACCCAUGGGGCGGCGCACAAUUGACCCAGCGUCGUCCAGGUUAGGGGAGGGUUUGGCCAGCAGGGAUGUUCUUGACCCAUCGCGCACUAGCGACUCCUGUGGCGGGCCGGGCGCAGUGCAUGCUGACACGGUCGCCAGGUGUAUGGUGUUUCCUGCGGCUGUCUUCUGGGUUAAGCGGGCAUUGUGUCAAGAAGCAGUGCGGCUCAGUUGGGUUGUGUUUCGGAGGGCACAUUGCUCUCAACCUUCGCCUCUCCCCUGUCCGUACGGGAGUUGCAGCGAUGGGACAAGACUGUAACUACCAAUUGCCAAUUGGAUACCACGAAAUUGGGGAGAAAAAGGGGUAAACCCCUAAUACAACAGACUACCUGUUGGUUGCUCGUUGUAGCCUACUCCUCAUUUCGCUUACUUUUAAUGAUAUAAUUUUAUUCCAUCUUGCAUUGCAUUUAGUGAACUCUCACUCCACUUGCUACACAUUGAGCCUCUUUGAUUGGCCAACAUAAACAAGCUACACGUGAAGGCUAUACAUGUCAUAAAAACUACAUUGAAAAGUUUGUUUUAUUCAAUCACGUAUGUUUUAAUGUAAUUUAGAAAAAUUAUUUUCAGUGUUAAAAUUGGCCUAUACAUUUUUUGGGCCCAAAAAUGAAUACUCACACAAGUAUUCGACUACUAACGUCCAUUCAGAUAUUCAAAUAACCGUGCACAUCCCUGGUUUGUGGUGUUUCUUCGUCAAAUUUAUCAUUUGUUAUGUGUUAAAUUAUGCAAUAUGAUUAAAUAUGACAGGGUAUUUUUGCUGUAUUUUUUUCUGGAAAAUGUUGGCCCAGUCACUUACUCAGGCCCAGCCACACAGCAAUUUCUGCCUACCCCACUGGGGUGAGGUGGCCGUUUGCUUAUCUCGUUUUGGUGUGUGUAUGUGUUUGAGUAAAAGUGGUUAGUCCUCUUGACUAACCAGGUUCUUAUUGAGAAUUUUAUAAAAGAGAAUUUGUUCUUCCUAAAUGUGAAGUCUUUUAAUCAAUUGUGUGUUUUUGUGUUUCUUUCUCCUCUCGUCAGGCCACACCCCGGCCCUGGCCUGUGCCCCUAACAAGGAUGUGGCGGACUGCCUGGCCCUGAUCCUCUCCACCAUGAAGCCUUUCCCUCCCAAAGACGCCAGUGCCGCCGCAUCCUUUGGCCUCAACCUGCUGAAGCACUGUGGCAUCGCCGCCGCCUGCGGGCCCCUGCCCAAUGGCAACCUGCGCCACGCCUACGCCAAGGACCGCCAUGGCACCAUCGGCCUGGACGGCUGCUUCACCGAGUGA